AUGCCGCGAACCGGAAGUGGCGAAAAAGGAAGUGACGUUCCGGGAAAAUACCGGAAGUCACGAAAUAGGACGGCAAGCAUCUAAACUAAGCUACCAUCUUGAAAAGGUCGUCCUGUGUGAACUUAUAAUGCAAGGGCUCCAUGUUGGGAGGGGAAUGGGAACCGGAAUUCCCAUAUAUUGGUCUGGGUGGGUGUGGUUUGUAAUUUCUUUACAUGUGUGUGCUAUUUUGUAAUUUAUUUAAGUAUAAAAGUAUACUGAAUGUUUGUUUUAUCAUUGCACCUGAGGAAGACCUCUUUUAAUGGUCGAAACGCGUUGUGCUUAUCCAGUUUUAUUAUUACAAAAUAACACAUUUUAUUUAAGUUUUAUUUUUUGGUUCCUGAUUGUAUCCAGACUUGAGUUCCUGGGGGACCAUUCCAACUACAGAGUAUUCUACAUGCCACUACAGUAGAGAGCCGACUCAUAUGGCUCUCUAAAGUGUGAGUGCUCCUAAUUAUUUUCUAUACCAGUUAUUGGUUUAUGCAUAUUGCCCUAUGAUAGCUGUCUAUAUUGCAGAUUAUCUCAUCAAGCAUCCAUUGUGUGCGCAAAACCACCUUUCCUUGUAUCCAUUUAUAUUAAUGUAAGUGUUUUAAGGUGACUAAAACACUGGUUUGGUUAUAGACGCACUGGGAUUUGUUUAUUUAUUUAUUUUGGUUGAGCGCCACUUAUCCUAUUGUUUGUAUGCGGUAGAUAGAAUCUACCGAACGAGGGGAACAUUUGUAGGUAACCAGCUGAACCAUACGAACGGUGGUUUUCGUGUAGUUAGAUGCGAACGGAGACCGGCUAACGGAGACCGGCUACUGAUUCUAUGGAACUCUAACUCGGAUACCUCCACAUGGCGAGCCGGUCAAACUGCCACACGAUGUGACACGGAAACUACCGAACGGAAAUUUGUGAGAUUUGGAUAUGGAACUACCAGUAUCCUCCGCUACCCAGGGAUGUUAAAAUUAUAUUUGUAUGUUUUGUAAAAAGUAUGUUUCUGAAAUUGUUAAAAAUUGUAAUGUUUCUGGCCAGCAGAUAAUUGAGCUUUGUGUAUUGUAGAAACUCAAUUAUCUAGCCUGGCCCAGAGGAGGAGUUUAGUAUUGCAUAAAUUGUGAGUCCUGUGUUCCAGUAAAUAAGUCUUGUUCCAGCAUUAAGCCUUGGCUCAUGUGUGGAUUAUUCGGCAAUUCCAGGGAUAUUCCUACUUGUGGAGUAUUGGGUGAUUUUCUUUUAUGGGAAGAAGGGAAUGCUUGACGGUGAUACCAUAUGCUACCGUCACACUUACAUUUGGAGGUAUCUGUGGAUUGGAGUAGAUCCCACCUCCUCUUUUGGAGUUGGCGGUCUACCCCAUCUUUUUGUACGUUUUGCUAAAUAUUUGAUGUCUUCGAAUUAGUACAUGGUGGCAAAACCCUUGUUGGCAAUCACAGAGGUCAGACAUUUCUUGUAGUUGGCCACCAGGUUUGCACACAUAUCAGGAGGGAUUUUGUCGCACUCCUCUUUGCAGAUUCUCUUUAAUUCAUUAAGGUUUAGAGGCUGACAUUUCGCAACUCGAGCCUUUGGCUCCCUCCACAUGCCCCCCCACCCCCCGAUUAAACAUUCCUCAAGUUUUUCAUUAACCCGAAACUUGUGUCUGGUCAGGAGCGUGCACGCACUAUUUCUUUAAUUUGGCCAUGGGCAGAUACACAAGAUAAUUAAUUUGUUGAUUGAUAUCCUCACCAUUUGGCGCCCAACGUGGGGCACCGGUUCUCGGAAAACGGGACCGGAGCAGACCCCCGGAAAGUAGGAAAACCGGAGCAUGAUCACCUCCUAAUACAGCGGUUUGCCUGUAUUCUCUUGUUUUGUGUCUGUCUGUCUCUGUGUCCACUUCCGGCUUCCAGAAGGCUACAAGACUUAUCCGGUGCCUUUUUAACGAACCUGUCGAUUGUCUAUCUACCUCCUGAAAAUUGCGUGUGUGUGUGUGUGUGUGUGAGACACCUGGUGUAUGAUUUGUAUUUAUUGUUAUAGCUUGACUGCCUAGUGGGCAGGGAAAGCAUUAAUUGUUAUAGCUUGACUGCCUAGCGGGCAGGGAACGCAUUUAUUGUUAUUGCUUGACUGCCUAGCGGGCAGGGAACGCAUUUAUUGUUAUAGCUUGACUGCCUAGCGGGCAGGGAACGCGACCGCCUGGUAAAGGGCUGGGGAUAGCCUAGAGAAAGGCUGUGCAUUGUGUUGUACUGUUCAGAGUAGAAUAGAGUUUAUUUGCUGUUUAACAUUAUUGCUAUGUUCACAUUUUUAUUGUUCCUCGUUAUACUCUGUUUUUUGCUCAGUUAUGGCCAUAGUGUGGGUACCCUCAUUGCGUGUGUGUGUUUAGUGUGGUUCAUACUCGACUCCGGAUUAUGUGGACGUGUCCGUAUUUGGGAUUCUUGUAAAUGUUUAUUGAUUAGUCUCUCUACGUUCACUUUCUAUCUGAUUCUCUAUCUCUCCUAUACUUGUUGCCCAGAGCUGUGUUAGUCACCCACGCUCACCCGUACUGAUCCGUGGCCACCAUCUUGGGUGGGCGGAUCUCGUGACUACGUUUUGGGAAGACGCACAUGAAUUUAUUCCUUGUGGCAGUCGAGCACUGUAGACAUUCCUUCUUUUUCUUCUCCCUAUCUCUGUCCUUUUUACAGGGAGAACCUUGUUUGUUAAAAAUGGGACAGGAAUAUGCUAGACCUUCAAAGGGUCUCUUAGCUUGUGACAUUGUUAAAGAAAGAGCAGGAGAGGUAGCUAUGUUAAAGAUGAAAAAGAUAGCGAAAGUUUGUGGUUUUCAAAUGUCACCCAGUGGUAGGUUACAACCAGAGUUUUGGAGGAAAUUGCUUGUUGAUAAAGAAGGUAUAUUACUAGACAAUGGAUUGACAAAAGCAGUAGAGGCUUGGUAUCGUGUCGCAAGAGGUCUCAAACGGAAGGGAUGGUCAGAAAAGGAAAUUGAUUUUGGAGGACAAACAGUAUUUGUGUAUCACAGAAAUGUUUGUAAUGAUGAUUCAUCCACUGUUGUUCCCCGACCACCACCCUAUGAUGGCGCCCAGAAUGUCACGAGUGAACCAUGUCCCGCAUCCUCAGACACUACCCCAUCUCUGCCCCCAAUUGUUCCACCUCCUGUUACCAAAGGGCCUCCUACUCCCACCCCUCUGUAGCCCGUCUUUGGUGUGGACGGAUCCUACUAUUACCCUUUCCCUCUCCCAUCACCGUCAGCCAUACCAUCCGCUACUUCCGUUCCAUCCCCACUCCCAGCCUCUCUCCCUACUGAUGUUUCCUCACCUCCACUACCACAGAUCGCUACUGAUGUUGCCCCCUUACCAUCAUCAUCUUUCCCUAUCCCUUCCCCUGAUGCCGCUUCUUCCUUAACACUCACUACCGUACCUCCUAUUUCCCCAACCCCUGUUCCCACACCCCCAGUAUGCAUUGUUCCUUCCGUGACUACACUGGCCCCCCUUCCUGUUAUUCCUUCUGCCCCGAUUUCCUCAUUGCCAUCACCCUUGGUGUCCCCAGGGGUGCCCGUGAUUCCUCCCCCUAAUGUUGCUCCUGCCGCUCCUAUUAAGAUUUCCCCACUCCCUGCUGUCCCUCCGACUCCUGCCCUAGAUUCCUCUCCCCUUCCCAUUUCCAGUCCCCUUCCUUCUCCCUCUGUUGACCUCUCAUCCCUUGUCUCAGCCCUCACCACUGCCCUCACUCCUACUUCUCCACCCCUUCCUACUCCUCCUAUCCCCAUUCCAGAACCUUUUGCACCCCUGUAACCACCUCUUGAUCUUGCCCCUCUAGUCUCAGCCCUUACCAAUGCCCUCACUCCUACUUCUCCACUUCCUCCUACUCCUCCUACACCCAUCCCAGAACCUUUAUUACCACCCGCAUCCUCACACCCUCUUGAUCUUUCCUCCCUAGUCUCCGCCCUUACCACUGCGCUCACACCAACCCUGGCUCCUAUUCCUCCGCCCCGUACUAUUCCCCCUGUUCCCAUUCCAGAACCUUCUCCGCCUCCCGCAUCCUCUGCUUCCCCCGACCUUUCCUCUCUCAUUUCAACUCUCAUCGCUUCACUCUCUACUCCCCCCGUUUCCAUUCCAGAGCCUUCACCUCCUGUAUCCUCUCCUUCCCCCGAUCUCUCCUGUCUGACCUCAGCCCUUGCUACUUCUCUUGGUUCCAUUCCCCAUUACCCACUCCCUUCCAUUCCUCCUCCUCCUGUUCCAGAACCUUCUCCUCUACCCGUACCCUCUCCUCCCCCUGAUCUUUCGUCACUCAUCUCCGCCCUUACUGUUGCACUUGCUUCCAAUACCACUCCUGGUCCUCCACCCCUCCCUAUUCCUCCUGCCCCCGUAGUGGAUCCUCUCUCCUCUCCUCGUGAUCUUCCAUCCCUUAUCUCCACCCUCUGUACUCUCCUCGCCCCUGGCUCCACUCCCACUGUUCCAUCCCCUUCCAUUUCUACAGUCCCAAUGUUAGAACCUCCCCCCCACCUCCUUCUCCACAACCUGCUCCUCCUGUUUCUGUUUCAGAUCCUUCUCCCCCUCCUACCUCUAACUCUGGUGUUUCUACCCACGAUUUCGCGUCACUCAUCUCCUCCCUCUCCAACCACUGUCUCAGCUUACCCAACCCGCACCUUCACCCAUUCUAGUCCCUGUUCCUACCCCUCCGAUAAACACCCCCAGUUAUCCGCUCAUGAUUGUUGGGACAAAUGAGUCUGUCACAUCAGGACAACCUCAGGCUGCUGAUGCUUCCCCCGCUGCCUUAGGUUUCCAUCCCACUACGUCUCAGUUAGUCACCCCCCAGACUAUCACUGUUGGCCCUCCCGGUUCUAAUACCCCGAUGGCCCCGGUCCCCAACUCACUUGAUGUUGUCAGCUAGCAUGGUCUCCCAGUCCCACCAGGGGACGAUAAUGUGCCGGAGCUUAGCCCGUUCCGUCCCUCAAAUAACAGACCUACCCAAAGACAAACUAUUGCAGCUACUCACCUUCCUACCUCAUCAGCAGUGGAAGGAGCCCCGCCAAUGUAUGUCACAUUUAACCCAUCCCAAGCUGUGACCCUGGUAACCUCCCUCCCCGAUCCAGAGAAACAACCCAUGCCCUUUUUCCGAAGAAUUGCUCAGAUUCGUAAAACAUGCUCAGCAGCUUGGUGUGAUUUGUAUAGUUUGUGUGAGAUCAAGGCUGGGGAUAUCUAUUGGUCAAUUAUGGAAAGGAGUUUUAAUGAUGCUGUACUCACUACUGAUACAGAUUUUCAGUCGGGUAUUGUUUUCUGUGAACAACUCAAAGCCUGGGCCCAGGAUAAACUAGCUGACCAGGCAACUUGCAUAAAUGAUAUCAUACAAGAUAUACUUGAGUCAGUGGAAUAAUAUAAUUCCAGGUUAACCCAAACAUUUUCUGAUCUCGGGUUCAGUGUAUAUAAUAAAGCACAUACUCAGAUGCUGUCAGUCGCUUUUGUGGCUGGUCUUAAAGAGACUAUCAGGAAAGGUUUAGUACUUGCACGCCCUGAAUACAGAAUUAUUCCUUUGGACACUCUCUUGUUGGUAGCAAAGGGUUUAGAAUCAGUUCUACAGCCUACACAUAAGAAGAGUAACCCACUCAUGUUUUCUAAAUCUGGCCCCACUAUCAGACCCACCUUGGGGCCCCAGAGUCACCCCACAUUGGCUAUUAUGCCUGCUACACAAGGACAGUCCCCAGCACUCAGACAUCCAGCCAGGGUUUGCUAUAACUGUAACACACCAGGUCAUGUCCGCAGGGAUUGCCCACAACCACGGGUAACUCGCCCACCACCUAUCAGACCUCCUUUGCACCCCAUCACACACACGACCACAUAUGGGAGUCCUCAACAUAGUUUCCCUUCACAGACACAUCCACAGCCACACGCACCAUAUUACCCACCGCAGGAUUACACCCAAGCUACUUAUGAACCCAGUCAAUUUAACACACAUCCUCCCCCAGAUACUUAUGAUUCAAAUGACUUUCAGCAGACUGACCACUCAGCACCUACUCAUUAUCGCCCUGCCCUGCCAAAACCAUCAAACAAGUCACCCUACUACACGUCAUUACACUGGCCCCGAUCAGUCUCACCUAGAUCUUGUACAGUAGGUAACCGGCAAACCUGUGUCUGGCACCCCUGUUAUGGCAGUGUCUGCAAGGGAUAAAGGGGGGCCCCUAGCUACCGUAGUACUACCAGUUGAGGGUCAUCCCACUACCUUCCUAGUUGACACAGGUGUAGCCCGCAGUGUUCUCAGAGAACAAGACCUGCCAGAUCCUUCUUACUUGUCUGACCUCGAUGUUUCUUGUGUGGGUGUUGAUGGUACCCUCCGACAUAACCCAUUAACAAAACUCUUGCGUGUUGGUUCUAACAUCCUUUCCCGUUUCGUUGUUUCAUCCACCUAUUCUAUUAACCUCUUAGGAGCUGAUGUACUGUCUCGCCUUCAGGCUUCUAUCUCUUUCACUGCCGAGGGUCAGGUACAAUUACUUACCCCACUUUCUCGUAAGGAUACUUCAGCUAUUGCUCUCUACCCCUACUCAUGCACAUGACUUCCCCCACAGAGGAAACAAGGGUCCCUGAAGCCCCCAGUGCGCUGGAUUCCAUUCCAACUAAACUCUGGUCUACAGGCCCUGAUAAUAUUGGCCGUCUCCGAGUCCCACCUGUGGUAGUCAUACUCAUCAAAGGAGCUACCCCGCCAAGGCGACCACAGUACCCUUUGAAACACGCACAAGCUCUUGCCAUCUCCAUGUAGGUUGAAAGUCUAGUUGCAAUCAAAUGUGUUAAUCAAAUGUGUUUCACAGUGCAAUACUCCCCUGUUUCCUGUAAAGAAGAAAACUGAGAAAGGCCAACCAGACCAAUAUCGCAUGGUUCAGGAUCUCCGUGUUGUCAAUGAGGUUACUAAACGGUACACAGCUGUCGUUCCAAAUCCGCAUACAUUGUUAUCACAAGUGCCUUCAACUGCUAAAUUCUUCACAGUGGUUGAUAUUGCAAACGCCUUCUUCAGUGUGCCUCUGGAUCCCUCAUGUCAGUAUUUAUUCGCUUUCACACAUGACCGCCAGCAAUAUUCAUGGACUGUUUUAUGCCUCAAGGUGCACAAAAUUCUCCAACACAAUUUGCCAAAGCAAUGUCUACUGUACUAGAACCCUGGCAGAAAUCUCACCAGAUGUGGUCCUGCUCCAGUAUGUUGAUGAUUUACUGCUCUGUGCAGAUGACUUUCCAACAGCUGAACGCCAUUCAGUGGAUCUUCUCUGUUUCCUCGCAGAAGAGGGUUGCAAAGCCUCCAAAGCUAAACUAUAAUGGUGCGGCCCACAGUGGUCUUCUUGGGACAUUGUCUUUCCCAUGGCACCCGUCAUCUGACAAGAGACAGAGUUCGUGCCAUCACCAAUCUUCCCCUUCCAUCUACUCACCAGGCCCUCCACGCCUUCCUAGGCCUCAUCACAUACUGCAGAUCUUGGAUCCCUGAGGCCUCUCAACUCAUGCAACCCCUCUACAACGCCUUGAAGACUGAACCUUUCACAUUGUCCUCAACAGCCUUCAGUUGCUACUUUGCUCUACAAAGGGCAAUCUCUUCAGCCCCUGCUUUGGGCCUCCCUAACUACGAGUUGCCAUUUAAACUGUUUGUCUCUGAGAAGAUGGGCCAUGCCUUACUCAAUCUUAUGGGCCCCGUCAACGCCCCAUAGGAUACUUUUCCUGCAUGCUUGACCCCGUAGCCAGAGGGGGUCCUUCCUGUUUGCGUGCUGUCUUUGCUGCAAGUGCCCUCUUGGAUAAAACUAAUGAUUUCGUUCUUGGACAUAAACUGACUGUUCUGGCUCUACAUGACAUUGCUGCCAUUCUGAACCAAGUCCUUCGCCUUCAAACUUCUCUUCUUUUACCCGACAGUGUUACUCUGCAACGAUGUUAAACUCUGAAUCCGGCCACUCUUCUGCCCCUUCCCAAGGGGGGAGUUCCACAAUACUGGUAAAAUUUACAUAUACAUCCUGAUGUUUACACGGAACUACAAAUUGGAAAGCCCACAAUUCCGCAUGAUGAACAACCUGAAACACAACAACAUUGUACCCUGCGGUUUCGAGAUGCUCCAGGUCCUGACUCAUACUAUGAAGAAGAAUUGCUUAGACUGGUGGAGGUGCAGUGAAGGGGGUCACUAAGAAGACCAUAAAUUACAAAACAAUCGUUUACCCCCGAUAUCAGGCAGAGAUAUGUGAAGAUGUGCCUCCUGCAGAACCAGACCCAGAAGCUCCACAUGACUGCUUUGAACAGAUGAAGAUGGAAACCACCCAUCUUCCCACAGUGCACAAAACCGCCUUACCAAACCCUGAUUACACACUGUUUGUGGAUGGCUCCAGAUUCGCAAACGAACAGGGUCAGUACCAUACCGGGUAUGCAGUCACUACAGAAGACCAAAUACUCCAAGAACCCCCACUUCCCUCCUCCAAAUCAGCUCAAGAAGCCGAGUUGAUAGCUCUUACAGUGGCAUGCAGAAUAUCAGAAGGAAAGCGUGUCAACAUUUACACAGACUCCAGGUAUGCCCUAGGAGUAGCGCAUGACUUUGGCUUAAUCUGGAAGACCAGAGGAUUCCUUACAGCAACAGGUACUCCUGUAAAACAUGGUGCGACUAUUAACGAAUUAAUGGAUGCCUUACUAAUGCCAGAAGAAGUAGCUAUACUAAAAGUCAAGGCCCAUGGGAAAUUGAAUUCAGAAGAAGCCCAUGGUAACCAUCUGGCCGACCAAGCGGCUAAAGACGCAGCAUGCCAGAAGUGGGAAGUGGACAGAAGAGUGUCCGAUGAGAAGACCCCUAUUUACACCAUGCAAACCUUACCCAUGUCCUCAGAUUCCUAAGAGAACAACAGGCUGCUGCUACCCCACAGGAAAAACAAAGCUGGAAGGACAAAGGAGCAAUUAUCCAGAGUGACAUAUACACAAUCAACCUCAAAUUCUGUCUACCCAAGAAUAUGUACCCGGCUGUUGUCCAAUGGGCUCAUGGACCAGCACAUUUGUCAAAACAACUCAUGAACUCCUUGAUUGAUCAAUAUUUCGAAGCACCUGGGAUCACUACCUUAACUCUAAAUUACUGCCGUUCAUGUACUAUCUGUGCUAAAUGCAACCCAGGGAAAAUAAUCAAAGCUGCACCGAAUCAUUUGGCUAAACCACAAUAUCCCUUCCAAAGGAUCCAAAUUGAUCAUAUCCACAUGCCGAAGAGCAGCCGUUACGAGUAUGCACUGGUCAUAGUGGAUAUGUUUUCAGGGUGGCCAGAAGCUUUCCCAUUUGCCAACCUUACCGCAAAGACUACCACUAAACACCUACUCACCGAAAUUAUCUGCAGAUAGAGAGUCCCUGAAGUAACUGAAAGUGAUCAAGGUACAUAUUUCACCGCAUUACUGACCAGAGAAAUCUGGGCAGCACUGGGGUGACCCUUGCUUUCCACACACCCUAUCACCCACAAAGUAGUGGUAAGGUAGAACGCAUGAAUGGCAUACUGAAAGCCAGAAUGCUUAAUAUGUCACAGGAAACUAAUUUGCCCUGACCGGAGAGUCUCCCCAUAGCACACUUUAGUGUAAGGUAUACUCCAAGAGGGAAGUUUAACCUAUCCCCCUACAAGAUUUUGUUUGUGACAGCACCCAGGUUAGGUUGUUACUUUCCACAACAACUUCAACUCCAGUCAGAUGCAAUGGUAGAUUAUAUAACUGCACUCUCUCAUGCCUUGACCAAAAUCCAUGCACAGGUGUUUUCUUCUAUUCCAGAGCCUGAAUCCAAUACAGGCACGCACAAGUUACUACCUGGUGAUUGGGUUAAAGUCAAGAAAUUCCUAAGAAAACAUACUCUUGAGCCAAGGUUCGAUGGUCCAUACCAAGUACUAUUGACUACAGCUACCUCUAUAAAGUUGGUUGGGAAGAACACUUGGAUACACGCUUCGCACUGUAAGAAGGUUCCUGACCCAGAGGAAGCGGAUCCCACACCAACAUGAGCCUUUUAUAUUUAUGUUUGCUGCUAGGCCUCUUAGAGGCCCAACAAGUUGCUAUUACCAAAGACAAUCAUGUUUACACAUUGUGGUACAAUUCUUCAAACACACAUGUGGCUACAUUUACUUUUGAUUACUGUGAUAUUGUUACUUGUACUUUUUUUCACAAUCACAACACUCUGCAAUAUGCAAAGACAUACCAAACAAGAAGGACCCGUACAUUUGUGUAACGGGCGGUCAUUGGGGACAUCACUGUAGCUCAUGGAAAGCAGCAAGUUGGAACACAGGCCGACCAUGGGGUAACAGACCACAGACUGCCUUAGACCGAGUUGACAGAUACGGGAAACCUUUGUUAUACCGAAUGACUUUGUGUAAACCAACAGGGUCUACUCCAAUAAAAUUGACCUUAAACAUAGAACACGCCAGCCCAGGUGACGCCGGGGAAUACGUAAGGGGAAUGCAUUGGAAAGGGAGUGGCUCGUACAAGAAGUUGGGAACAUUUUAUUUGCAAGACAUGCUUACAUCAGCUGACUGGGUAGGGUCAACACACAUGACAGUAAAUAACAUCAAGAUUCUCAAGGACAUGGUGGCUAUUGCCAAUCCCACAUUUGAAGACAUUAUGGCUGUGGAGACUGGUUUUUCAGAUACUAAUCUAUGGCUUGAAUGGAUGAGGUACAAUGCUAACUCUCAUAAUAAAACUAACUUAUGUUUGUGGUGGAGCUAGGCCCCACCUGGUUACAGUACACCUAAAUCUACCCCUGGAUGUUGAAACAUGUUUCUUAAGCCUCCAUGCACAAACAAUUGUAAAUUUGUCAGCAUGUGAGUCAUGGAAAAAGGCUUACCCAAUUAUGCAAGGGAACACCAGACCACCUGAUGGAGUCACCGUGUACCCAGGUAAUUACACAUGCUAUACAAUGCACGGAGCCACAGGUAGAUUCGUAGGCAAAUUUCCUUCUGGUUACUGUGCAACUUACCGGAAUCCACCCACAACAUUAUUGGUAAAUCAGAUUAAGUCUGUGGUAGAUAUCUAUUGGUUAUGUGGUGACAUGCAACUCAGACCAAAAAUUACUGGUUUAUGGUGGGGAGAAUCUACUCUAACUAAAGUUAUAAUGCCCAUUCACAUCUUCCCUGAUAAUCACCAAGGUCCGCAUGAUUCUUCUUACACACAUCUUAGAGUGAAAAGAGACAGUCCCAUACGAGGUAGUUUUGACCCACACGUGUAUAUAGAUGCUAUUGGAGUACCUAGGGGGGUACCAAAUGAGUUCAAAGCCAGAGAUGAAGUGGAAGCAGGAUUCGAAUCCUUGAUCCCACUUAUCACUGCUAAUAAAAAAGUCAACUGGAUUAAUUACAUCUACUACAACCAACAACGCUUUGUCAACUACACUCGAGAUGCCCUACAGGGCUUAGCCGAGCAGUUACAGGCUACCUCUCACAUGACAUUCCAAAACAGGAUAGCCUUAGAUAUGAUUUGGGCCGAAAAGGGGGGCGUAUGUAAAAUACUCCCUGAGACGAUGACGUGUUGUACUUUUAUUCCAGACAAUACCGGUCCUAAUGGUAAAGUGACUAUGGCCAUAGUGAAAUUAGAAAAUCUCUCUGACGAAUUAAAAAAGAAUUCAGGGGUUCCCAAUUCUUGGGAUAAAUGGUUUGGAUGAAUGAGUGGAUGGCAAAGGACUCUUUUCAAAUAGGGAUGGCAGUUCUACUGUAAUGAUCUUCUUCCUCGUCCUAACUUGUGUGGUUCCAUGUGUGCAAAGGUAUUUACAAAAGACCGUAGACCAGACUAUUGACCGCACCACACCUAUAUAUAUACACCAAGAUGCUGAUGAUAUUGACUGUGACACUCCACACACCACUUCAGUCCCAUCAUGUCAAACAGACAACAACUACCACCUUAUAGGGACAGUAUAGGGAUAGCGUCUGUCUCUACGGGCAGGAGUCUGACGCAGGAGAUGUAGUGGGUUAGCCGCUGCGGGAUACCUGCGCAGUGAAGUGUUCGAGGCCUGUUAAGACAGAUGAGCUGCAGCCAAAUUAGGGACAUUAUUAGGGUUAGCUAGUAGUUGGCUGUCUUUUCUUUCCUUUCUUUAGUAAAUAGUCAUUUUAAGGGGGGACUGUUGUGGACAAAAAUAUUAACCUAAUCCAUAUUAGUAAAAUGUCUAUUUACUCAACAUAACUACAAUCAGCAUUAUUCAACUUUCUAUGUGAUUAUCUAAAAUGGCCGUUAGGGAGUUGACCCUCUAACAUCGAUUAACACACUCAUUAGCAAGAUGGUGCUGGAAUCUGGGGGAGACUUCCACGAUGCCAGUGACAUCACCCUCAGUAGGCAGAGCACCAAAUGAACCACUUAACACCUAACCAAUUAUUGAUGUAUUAUUUCAUGUUAUCUCUGACAAUGCCUAUGAUGUAAUUUUGCUUUAAAAGGGACAUGUCGUUCCCCCCCCACCGAAUAAACAUUCCUCUAGUUUUUCAUUAACCUGAAACUUGUGUCUGGUGUGAAUUACUUUAGGAGCGUGCACACACUAUUUCUUUAAUUUGGCCAGGGGCAGAUACACAAGAUAAUCAAUUUGUUUAUUGAUAUCCACAUCAGCAAAUAAUCGCACCACCAAGCUGCUUGGCGAUGGUCUUGUAGCCCAUUCCAGCCAUGUGUAGGUCCACAAUCUUGUCCCUGACAUCCUUGGACUGCUCUUUGGUCUUGGCCAUGGUGGAGAGAUUGGAAUCUGAUUGAUUGAUUGCUUCUGUGGACAGGUGUCUUUUAUACAGGUAACAAGUUGAUAUUAGGAGCACUUGCUUUAACCCCUUAAGGACACAUGACAUGUGUGACAUGUCAUGAUUCCAUUUUAUUCCAGAAGUUUGGUCCUUAAGGGGUUAAGAGAGUGCUCCUAAUCUCAGCUCUUUACCUGUAUAAAAGCCACCUGGGAACCAUAAAUCUUUCUGAUUGAUAGGGGAUCAAAUACUUAUUUCACUCAUUGACAUGCAAAUCAAUUUAUAACUUUUUUUGACAUGAGUUUUUCUGGACUUUUGUUUUGUUUUGUUAUCCUGUCUCUCACUGUUAACAUACACAUACCAUUAGAAUUAAAGACUGAUCAUUUCUUUGUCAGUGGACAAGCGUUCAAAACCGACAGAGCAUUAAAUACUUUUUUUCCCUCAUUGUGUAUGUGUGUAUGUAUGUAUGUAUAUAUACUUUUAAACUUUAAUUUCCACUGGGGAAUGCAUUUUAUUUAUAUUUUUAAGUAUUUAAGGCAUUUCCUCCUAUACUGAGUAUAGAAAGGCAGAGGUAGCUACAGAUAGCCUGAUUGUUCGCUGUGACAUCACUGUGACAUCACUGAGACAUCAAUGAGACAUAAUCCUUGCUGAGCACAGUUCAGUCAGUACACACUGCUUAGACAGUAGACACUGCUUAGCUGCUGUGGUGAUCACGUAGCUAAAGAUGGCAAAUAGUAGAACUAUUUUUUCGUGUUUUCCAUGUGUAUGCUGUGAUGUAAGUAAAAGACUUGAUUUUCUGUAUAAGAUUACAGUUCUACAUAUUAUUAACUGAGAGUUUUAUUAUGUUAACCAAAUCCCCAGUGUAGUCCAGGAUGGGAUAAAGAGAAUACAGUUUGAACAUGUUAUCUGAGUAUCAAUGGGGAACACUGUGGAGGUUACACACAGAUAAAUCAUUUUAUUCGUUCUUCAAUAUUUAACCCUUUCAUGGCUCCAGUUUUAAUAUCCAAAGCACAGUGACAGCAUAUGGUUACUGUAUGGGUUUUUGUGGUAUGGAUUCCUUGACCCUUAUUAAUUUCAAUUACUGGUAUGUCAUGUGAAAGUACUAUAGAGUAUUGUUAUUAGGAUGCUUACACACACAUAUAUCCUGUAUAUGUAUAUAAUAAAUAAAUCCGGACUGAAAGACAGCACUGAGACACUAAUACUAGCAGCACAGGAACAGGCAAUCGGCACCAGAUCAAUAGAAGCAGAGUCUACCACACCAGACAGGACCAGAGAGUCCUCCCAGACAAUCCAGCACAUAGUAACCACACUGAGAGCCACAAACAACUUGUGAUCCUGUUCGUCUGGCAAAGAGACUUUGUGGUUUUCUGAUUCUUUUUAUUUCUGCCUUUUCAGGUCAGCGGAACGCAAGUAAUUGAUGUUAUCGAGCAAGGAGCAGGGGAACGUCCAGGUACAUUAAAACACUUUGUGUGUGUUAUGUAAAUGUAUAAAUAUAUAUUGGAUACAUAUCACAUAUCCCAUUAAAGUUACCAGAUUACCCAUCAUGAACCUGCUUACACCAUUUUUAUAUCCACUUUGUGACUUACUGUAGACUAGAUGCUGCCAUCAUGACUGGCUUCAGCUAUCGUGGUUUUACUUUUCAAUGUCUGUCUUUCAUUACCCUCGAUUGAGUGAUAAUGUCUGCUACCAUUUGUAAUUUUGUCUUAUUAUUAAUUUGCAGAUGGUCCCCAGAUUCCAGUUGCAUCUGAUAAUGAUUCAUGCUCCUCACCAGAUGAGGACAAGUUAGCCACUUUUGAGAAACAACUCGAAGAUGAGUACAAAGUUAAGAGCAAAGCAGAGAAGCUGAUAAAGGCGUAUUCUACCGGCCGCUCCAAAGUAUGUUGGGCACAUUUUAUUUCAUCUUAAAGAUCAAGUAUAUCUUUAUUAAUUUACAUUUUAAAAAACUCCUUAAUUUGGUGGUAAAGAGGGAAAUGUAUUAAAUCUCUAGGUGAAGACCAACAAUAGAGGAGAGGAGAAAUGCAAGGAACAUUGCAGUGUUAGAAAUAGAAACCUGUAUCCCUAAUGCUGUGGUGCCCUUGUCCCUAGUCAAAUACAAGAAACCAAGAGGGAGACACUCACCUAAACAUGCAUACUUAUAAGGGAGCUGCUGGGGCCAAUUCAUACAACAUACAAGAUCCAGCGCACUCACUCAUUCACUAAACAAUAAUUUAUGUAUUAACAUGUAACCAUUUUAUUUCAGAUCACCUCACCUAGUCAUAAAUAAUGGGGAUUAGUUACAUUACAUGAUCAUACGUUGCAUAAGCCUGCCACAACUCCAAUGUUUUUGCCUAGGUGAGGUGUUAGAUAAAACUGUUACAUUUUGGAAGGAAGCAGUUCCCAUUUAAGUGGAUUAAUCUAAUAAGAGCAUACAUUAGGUUGCUAGAGUAGGACCUGCCAAGAAUGGGGAACAUUGACGUCGUGGCAGGCUUAUGCAAUGUAUGAUCAUAUACUGUAACUAAAUUCCCAUUAUUUUUGCCCAGGUUAGGUGUUUUUAAAUAAAACUACUACAUUAUAUGAGCCUUGAGAUUGCUGUUUGGUGAAUGGGUGAGUGCGCUGGUCAAAUACAUGUUAUCGUCCCCCUCCCUCAUGUGCAAUAAAAAAUAACAAUAAUAAAGUUUUACUUACCUUUUCCACCUUUCUACAUCCCACAACAUCAGUGAGGAAUCAUGGCAUCAUCCCUGAUGGUAAAAUCCAAUGUUCCUUCUGGGGUGCAUUGGGGAUCUGAUGAUUUCCUAUGAGCUUCCAUGACACAUGACCGAUUUUUACUUGUUGCUGUGGAAGCACCUCUAAUCCUUGUCAGUAUGACAGCAUUUAAAGGUGAAUUUAGCCUAGCAAUUUUACAUUGCAGGGUUAAAAGGGAAAGGAUCUCUGCACCCAGGCCAUUUCACUGAGAUGAAGUGCCUUGGUGACUUCAUUGUCCCUUUAAAAGGGUUUUAAGGGACAGUGAAAAUUAAACUUAGCUCAUGUAUACAUGGCGGUGUGGGGUAAUAAAUCUAAACGUCCAGUUUUUGUUUAUCUUAAUUAUCCAUUUGAUUUUUCUGAUUACAGGAUCAGAAACAUCUCAGUGAUGCUCAGAAAAUACUCCAUGACAGCAAAAUAAAAAUAGAAAUUUUGCGCAUGUUGAUUCUCCAACAUAAAGGUACAGUGAUGUCAUAUGUUCUGUGUAUUGUAAAGGAAAAUUAUUGUGAAAAAAAGAAACCAUAUAUUACGUUUUUGGGGGUUUAGCCUGGGGAGGUUGGUUGUUUUUCUGUCAAAAAUAAUUUAAUGGGUUCCAGCUGCUAUUAAAUGUGGUGAUCUAUGUGUCAGGCGUGAAGGUAGGGUGCGCAUGGAUGUGGUUUGUGUUCUGCCCACUUAUAGAAAGCUAUGAGAGAGCUGUAUAUAUCCCAUAGUCCUCUGCACACUAAGGGUUUAUGGGGAAACAAACAGCUCUUGGAAGUGUCAGACAAAGGGAAUGCAGCUAUGAUUCAUAUGUUAUUUCUUACAUUAUUUGCCAAUAAUGUAAGAAAAUAAUGCUUGCAAGAAACCUUAUAAGACAAGUUAUUCCAGAAUGGGUGUCUAACAUGUCCCUUUAACCCCUUAAGGACACAUCUUCAAAAGCUUGUCUUACCCUUAAAGGACCACUCUAGGCACCCAGACCACUUCAGCUUAAUGAAGUGGUCUGGGUGCCAGGUCCCUCUAGGAUUAACUCUUUUUUUUUUUUUUUUUAUAAACAUAGCAGUUUCAGAGAAACUGCUAUGUUUAUGUUAGGGGUUAAUCCAGCCUCUAAAUCCCCUACUGGCUGUCUCAUUGAAAAUCACAGUGAGAAGACGCAAGCGUCGAUAGGAAUGCAUUGUAAAUGUUUUCCUAUGAGACAGGCUGAAUGCGCGCACAGCUCUUGCCGCGCAUGUGCAUUCAGCCGAAGCGGAGGAUCGGAGGCGGAGAGGAGGAGGAGAGCUCCCCACCCGGCGCUGGAAAAAAGUAAGUUUAACCCCUUUCCUCGCCAUCCAGCCCGGCGGGAGGGGGGCCCUUAGGGUGGGGGCACCCUCAGGGCACUAUAGUGGUCCUUUAAGGACACAAGCUAUUUUUGCAAUUUUUGCUCUUUGUCUUUAAAUUCGAAUCGCAUCUCUGUCAUUUAUUGCACCAACACAUAAUAUAUACAGUUUUUUUAGAGGGCAAAAGGGGCUUUAAUUUGAUGUCACAUAUACAUAGAUAAAUUGUGAUUAAUUAUUAAAACAAAAUGCCAAAAAAAGGAAAAAAAAAAACAUUUUUUUUUCACAGUUUUGGCAAUGAUAGCAUGUGCAUAAUAUGUACAGCUUACAAAAAGUAAUUGAAAAUAAAUUCCUUUAUGCAUCUUGAUUUAUAGACUACAUAAUACGUGUAGGAUUUCAGCUUAUUAUGAAAGUUACAGGACACAAAAUCAAGGACUAAAAUAAAAUUUCAAUGUGAAACAAUUUUAGAAGUUGGUAGGUUUGUCUUGUAGGUUUAGUAGCCAUCACAGAAAACAAAAUUGCCACAGAAGAGUAUAUAUUUAUAUAAAGUAGAUAUCACAGGCUAUUUACCCACGGUUAUUUGGACACAUUUAACGUAGCGAUUUCAUCGCCAAUCUCUGCUAAAUAUUAGAGUAAAAGUGUGUUUUUUCUCUAUUUUGUCAUAUACACCUGUAAUGGACCGUUUUGCCCAAAAGAGGUUAAAAACCGUUUAGGCGAUAUUCCCCUUUUUCAGCUGCACCGACAGCUACUGCAAGCACCAAUCUCCUGAACUGGAACCAAGGGAAUACUCGAAACUCUCGAACUGGAGACACACGAAUAGCUGCUAGCAGACGAACAGGAAAGCCCCUAAGUGGCUUACACUCCUGGCAAUCAGUCUCUAACAGCAUACAGUAAAUCCUCCCCCAAUAAUGAGACGACACUUCACUAUGAGGGUUAAGCAGGAACUCAUUUACUGGGGCUAACUGCCCGGCUUUUAUGCAGGUCUCCCACCUGGUGGACACUCCCCUAGGGGACCAAAUUGGAGACUGGGACACAAAGGGUAAAAGGACCAAUCACAGACUUACACAUUUCAACCAUCCCACAAUGCAUCACAAUCCCUCCUCUCUGCUCUGGAGAUAAUUGGGAAGUAAUUAAAUUAUCUCCAAAGACAGAGGCAAAACUCCAUUAACCACAUGGCAGAAAACAAACAGUAAAAGACAUCAAAUUACCUACAGUUACAUUCAGUACAUAAAACAUAUACGUUCUACAUAUCCCCUGAUAGCUCAGGUCUGAGCGCACAUUAUUAAGCAAAUGGCGCUCAGACCACACAAAUACAAUUUAAUCGCCAUGGAGCCAAAGUCUUUACACAGUCAGUUUCAUGCGAAUGGGCUCCAUGGGAUUCCUAUCUGGGGCACAACACACUCAAGCAAAACUGUGUCCGAUUUCAGUUCCAUGAAUUAAGCGUCGAACACCGCUGUGCAUUCGCCUGUUUAAAAUGGGCGCAACCUCGUGUUCGUGAUACGAAUGGCGACCACCCAGCAUUCGUCAAUUAAGCUGCGGUUAACCGCAGCUUCAGGGAGGUUAAUUGCCGGCACACUCCAGCUCUCAGCUGGUCUAUUCAUUCGUACGGUUGUUCUGUAGAUGGAAUCUACCGAACACCCGGCAGAAAAGCACGAAUAAGUAUUUUCUGCAGGGAAAAAAGAUGUCUUUUAACAUGGGGCCAUAGUCCAAAGGCAGCAUGCGAGCAACCAGGCUUCUCCAGUGUACAGUGGCGAGGUUGGUUUCGCCACAGCACCUAUAACAUUUGUAAUGUGUAUUUCGUAAAGCUGGGGUGUACUAUUGUGUUCAGCUACAUCUGCUGAGUAUAACGAUACCCCCAUUGUAUGCCUUUGGCAUUAUUCUGUGAAUCUACAAUGCCAUAUAAGAGACAAGGCUAUUUCAGUUUCUAUAAUUAGAAUUUUCAUAGAUGGAUUUGACGGGCCUAUGUCUGAUUUUGGAGUAUUAUAGCAGUUUGACUGUUUAAAUAACCCCACAAAGGGCUUUCAUUUGAUAAAGCAGAUACCCCAGGGUAUUUUAUAUGGCGUAUAUUGUGCCCUAACAUGUCACCAUUUUUUCACUAAUUUAUGCCAAUGUUUGUGGUGAAAGGAAAAAAAAUAUUUCUUACACUUGAUAUGUGUCACUGUCAUGAUAUCCCCAAAAUUAUGCUCAGUUACAUCUUGUGAGUAAACCAAUAUGCCCAAUGUAUGACCUAUACACUAUUUUGUGAUGUUACACUGCUGUAAACGAGACGUGACAAGUUCAGGUUUUUAAGUGUGAAUCUUCAUGGAGUUUUGAUGCGUCCGUCUUCCACUUUGGAGCUCUUUAGCAGGCUAGCUAGCCUAACACCGAAUUCACCAAUUCCCCUCUGACUUCCACCCACCCCAGCUAGCUAAAUACAUAAUUUUAAAAUAUUUAAAUGAAUUAAUAGAAUAAAUGUAACCGCUGCGGAUUAAAAAUAAAAUAAAAAUUAACCCUCAGGGGGUAAAAAAUAAAAAUCUGAUGACCGUAAAAUGUAGUCCCUGCUAAUUGACCACUGUAGUCAGUGAUCAAUUGGCAUGAAAGGGGUUAAUUAUAUUAAAGCAGGUGGAAGGGGAUGGGAUUUAACUUAAAAACUUUAUUUAUUUACAGGGAGAAGCAGAUCAUCACUGAUCCGUCUCCAUGCACUUCACACUGGCUGCGGAAGAGUCAGAGGCUGUCAGAGCGAUCACAGCUGCAGGGACAGCGCAUUCGGGGGCUUCCGGUCUGCCUCGAGUACCGAGGCAGACCGGAGGAACGUUAACCCCGCGAUUACGGCGAUGCGGGGUUAACUUCAGUAAAUGACAGAACUUUUACAUCAAGGGUCCUUUACACAAGGACAAGCUUGAUGGGAAAUUUCUGUCUGUGGUCGGGAAGCGGUUAAAAUGCUUUCUGUUUGAAAGAGUGCACUGAGUCAUAUAGAAAUAUGGAGAGAAACCUUAUAUAAAUUACCCGUUUAGUACUGUGACACCUGAAACUACCAUGUCGAUUUCCUUUUUACAAUUAAUAUAAUAAAAUGUAAUACUUUGUGUCCUAGCAACACCUGCAAUAAGUCCACUGGAGAAACGCAUUGAGGAGUUGAGCCACCGAUUUGUGAUCGAGCGUGCCGUGGCUGAAGGAGCCAAACACGCCAUCCAGAAAUUGGAUGGAAAGCCGCUUGUUGAGGUCAGUUAGAAAGUGCAUUCUCUUAACCAUUUCAUCCCCAGAAUGAAUAAUGGGCUUCCAAUGUCUGUCAAGGGGCUGGAAAUUACAAUUUAUUGGCAUUAGCCAAGUAGCCAUGGUAUAUUAUUAUGACUUAUAAAGCGCCAACAAAAUCUGCUUUAUGAAUAAUUCAUAAAUGUUAAAUUUAUAUUCUCUCUUCUGAGACUUUAAUUGUUUGAAGUCUUUAUUGGUCCAUUUGUUCUGUAUUUUAUGCUGUCUCUAUGAUUUAUUUAAAAUUCUCCCAAUUGUUUAAUUCCCAUUAGUUUUAUUAAAAGCCAAUAGCAUAAUAUAAAUCUAUGGAAAUCCGUGCUAACUAGGUUUUUCUUUUCCAUUCAGCAUUUAAGUUAAAUACAGUUUUUUUUUUCAAUAAACUGACUUGUAGGAAAUUAAAAUCUGAAUUACAAAACUGAGGCAAACGUAGAUAAGAAAAUACAGACAAACCAGUAGAGUAUACACACUAUACAAAAUUAUGUUAAAAUCAUAUAUUAGGAAAAGAUCCCAGGUGUACCUCACUAACACCUAAAACACAUGUAAUUGAAAAACAAAGCUGAAACACCUCCCAAAUACGUGAUAAUAUAAGAAAAAAUAAAAAUAACCUAAAAUAUAGGUCGUGAUUCAUAAACGGAAUCUGUACAAAAGAUUAAAAGACUAACAUAGCGUAAUACAGUAUUAAAUAGGUGAGUGAUAUUUAGUGGAAAUAAGUGCACUCACAAACAAAUAUGAAAUCAGGCUUCUCACCCUCCCAAGGGUAGCAAUCUUAUGAGUGGACGAUCCUCCGUAGGAUAUAUGAAAAGUAAAAAAACAAAUAUAGUGAAGCAUGUAAUUAAAUUACAAAAUAGUAUUUAUUGGUCUCACUUACAAGUGAAGAAAAAUAGCAGGCAUAUCUCCAUAUAACAUGGAACUCCCAGAACGAUGCAGAAGAGAGUCCAAUAGAAGAUCCAAUGAAGCAGACAGAAUACAAAUAAAAUAAAAAAAAAUAAAAACUUAAUACAGAAUUACAUAAAAAAGGAUAAAAUAUAAUAGCAGCAUGCAUAAUCUUAAAGUAUCUAUCCAACGCGUUUCGUCCAACAGAAAGGGGACUUCCUCAGGGAUAUAGAUGUGGUGAUCCGUCUAGAUAUAUAUAGGGCGAUAUCCAUAAUCAUCCUAAAUUCUAAAAACCCGGGUAUCCGGCGUCCGGCUGUGGCAGGCGUUUCAUCCGUGGCACGCAUGAAACAGGAUAUAGUGCUUAUGUUCCGGUUGUACUGUCAUUUCCGGCAGCGUGGAACGCAUAUGCGUAGUUCGUGCGCGUGCGCAUAAUAGACGCGCAUGUGUGUCAUAAACGCACAUGGACAGAUGUUAUUACCGGAACCUACAGGGGACAAAAAAGUAGAAGAAACGGGCGGAUAAUCCGCCCAAGAGACUAAGAACCAGGAUGAAACAAAGAAUAAAAAACCAGAAUAAAAAAUUUAAUAAAAAAGCAAAUACACAUAUAAUAAACAUAUAUAUAAUGCCCAGUGCAUUAUACUUAAUAUACUACACAUAUAAACACAUAUAAACACACCCAAUUGAUUACAAUUACUAGACCAGAAACAUUUACCUAGACACAAAAUAUUGCAAACCCCAAAUAUUAUGAAAUGAGAGGAAAUUCAUAUUUCUCUGUUUAAAUGCAUAUGGAUUAGAUUAGUCUAAUUCAAAUUAAACCUUGUAAAUCAAUUUCCUGAUUGAGUCUUUGAUGUAAAGUUUUCAGAUUAAAAAUCCAAAACGCCUCUUUUUUAAUUAACUCUUGUAAUUUGUCUCCUCCCCUCCAACCUACAGUACAUCAUCUAUGUAGCGUCGCCAUAGGACCAAAGUACCCCCAGUAUGCUCGCCCAAUCUGACGUGCUGUUGCUCCCAAUGGGAUACGUACAGGUUGGCGAAACUGGGGGCAAAUUUGGUACCCAUGGCGACGCCACAGCUGUAAAUAAUACUGGUUGUUAAACCAGAAGAAGUUCUUUGUUAGAACGAACUGAAUACAAUUGAUCAAAAAUUCGAUUUGGGUAUCAUGUAAAGAUUGCUGGGAUUUAAGCAUUUCCUUAAUGCACAUAAUGCCUUUCAUAUGAGGAACGUUAGAAUAAAGAGCAGUUAUAUCAUGGGUACCAAAUUUGCCCCCAGUUUCGCCAACCUGUACGUAUCCCAUUGGGAGCAACAGCACGUCAGAUUGGGCAAGCAUACUGGGGGUACUUUGGUCCUAUGGCGACGCUACAUAGAUGAUGUACUGAUCAUCUGGGAUGGCACUAUGGAGAGUUUCAACUCUUUCAUGUAGUAUGUCAAUGAUAAUGAUUACAACUUGCUGUUUACUUUCACAUCAAGCAUCAUUUCUGUUAAUUUCUUGGACUUAACAAUAUAUAGAGAAUCCAAUCAAUUAAAGACCAAAACAUACUUUAAACCCACAGAUUGCAAUACAGCUAUUGAAUGUUCUAGUGCUCACCAUCCCCCAUGGCUUUCAAAUAUUCCAAAAAGCCAGCUAACCCGUCUCAGGAGAAAUUGUUCCGAUAGGGAUGUUUUUUUGGAACAAUCGGCAAUUAUAAAACAAAGAUAUAUAGAUAAGGGUUAUAAUCUUAAUAAAAUUGAAAAAGCGGAAAUAGAGAUUCUUUCUUCUGAUAGAACCCUUUUACUUGGUGAUAGGGAACAAAGAGAAGGGAACAAUAGAAACAUAGAAACAUAGAAUGUGACGGCAGAUAAGAACCAUUCGGCCCAUCUAGUCUGCCCAAUUUUCUAAAAACUUUCAUUAGUCCCUAGCCUUAUCUUAUAGUUAGGAUAGCCUUAUGCCUAUCCCAUGCAUGCUUAAACUCCUUUACUGUGUUAACCUCUACCACUUCAGCUGGAAGGCUAUUCCAUGCAUCCACUACCCUCUCAGUAAAGUAAUACUUCCUGAUAUUAUUUUUAAACCUUUGUCCCUCUAAUUUAAGACUAUGUCCUCUUGUUGUGGUAGUUUUUCUUCUUUUUAAAUAUAGUCUCCUCCUUUACUGUGUUGAUUCCCUUUAUAUAUUUAAAUGUUUCUAUCAUAUCCCCCCUGUCUCGUCUUUCCUCCAAGCUAUACAUGUUAAGAUCCUUUAACCUUUCCUGGUAAGUUUUAUCCCGCAAUCCAUGAACCAGUUUAGUAGCCCUUCUCUGAACCCUCUCUAAGGUAUCAAUAUCCUUCUGAAGAUACGGUCUCCAGUACUGUGUACAAUACUCCAAGUGAGGUCUCACCAGUGUUCUGUAUAAUGUCAUGAGCACUUCCCUCUUUCGACUGCUAAUACCUCUCCCUAUACAACCAAGCAUUCUGCUAGCAUUUCCUGCUGCUCUAUUACAUUGUCUGCCUACCUUUAAGUCAUCAGAAAUAAUCACCCCUAAAUCCCUUUCUUCAUAUGUUGAGGUUAGGACUCUAUCAAAUAUUCUGUACUCUGCCCUUGGGUUUUUACGUCCAAGAUGCAUUAUCUUGCACUUAUCCACAUUAAAUGUCAGUUGCCACAAUUCUGACCAUUUUUCUAGUUUACCUAAAUCAUUUGUCAUUUGGCUUAUCCCUCCUGGAACAUCAACCCUGUUACAUAUCUUAGUAUCAUCAGCAAAAAGACAUACCUUACCAUCAAGACCUUCUGCAAUAUCACUAAUAUAAAUAUUAAAGAGAAUGGGUCCAAGUACAGAUCCCUGAGGUACCCCACUGGUGACAAGUCCAAGCUUCGAAUAUAUUCCAUUAACUACAACCCUCUGUUGCCUGUCACUCAGCCACUGCCUUACCUAUUCAACAAUAUUUGAAUCCAAACUUAAAGAUUGCAGUUUAUUGAUAAGCCUUCUAUGUGCAACAGUGUCAAAAGCCUUACUGAAAUCUAGGUAAGCAAUGUCUACUGCACCACCCUGAUCUAUAAUUUUAGUUACCCAAUCAAAAAAAUCAAUAAGAUUAGUUUGGCAUGAUCUCCCUGAAGUAAACCCAUGUUGUCUCUGAUCUUGAAAUCCAUGUGUUUUAGAUGUUCAACAAUCCUAUCCUUUAACAUGGUUUCCAUCACUUUCCCCACUACUGAAGUAAGGCUUACUGGCCUAUAGUUGCCCGACUCCUCCCUAUUACCUUUCUUGUAAAUGGGCACAACAUUCGCUAACUUCCAAUCUUCUGGGACUACUCCUGUUAACAAUGAUUGGUUAAAUAAAUCUGUUAAUGGUUUUGCUAGUACACCACUAAGCUCUUUUAAUAGCUUUGGGUGUAUUCCAUCAGGUCCCAUUGACUUAUUUGUCUUUACUUUUGACAGUUGAAAUAGAACCUCUUCCUCUGUAAACGUGUAAUAAAUGACUCAUUUAUCCUUUUUCUCAACUGAGGUCCUUUUCCUUCAUUUUCAUCUGUAAAUACAGAACAAAAAUAUUCAUUGAGGCAGUCAGCUAGACCUUUAUCCUCUUCUACAUACCUUCCUUCUUUUGUUUUUAAUCUAACUAAUCCUUGUUUUACUUUUCUUUUCUCAUUUAUGUAUCUAAAAAAUGUUUUAGUUUGAUUCAAUAGAAAAGAUAAAAAAAAGUAAAAAUAAUAGACACAAUUCUAAUAAUAAAUUAGAAUUUGCUUUUUUGACUCAAUAUAAUUCUCAGGCAAAAAAGAUAGAACAGAUACUUAAGAAACAUUGGCACAUCCUGAAGAGGGAUGAUGUCUUAAAACAUAUGUUACCUGAAUUCCCUAUAGUAAUUUACAAAAAAUCAGCAAAUUUAAAAAAUAAAUUGGCACCUAGUUUGUUACCGUCUACUCCUUCUUGUAACAAUGUAUUAAAAACUCCUAUAUUAGGUUUCUUCAGCUGUGGACGUUGUUCCACUUGUAAAUAUCAAAAAAAGAAAAUUGUGAAUUUUACAAGUACAUACACUAAUAAAACCUAUAAUAUUAAGAAACAUAUUCACUGUUCUUCUUCCUUUGUGGUGUAUUUACUACAAUGCGGUUGUGGGGCUCAGUACGUGGGCCGUACUUCUAGAAAACUACAUAUCAGAAUUUUUGAACAUUUCAAUAACAUAAAGAAAAAGAAAUCUAACCAUAGUGUACCUAGACAUUGCAACACAUGUCCGUUGUUUAUAUGGAACACUUUUCAGGCAUUUGGUAUAGACUCCAUCCAUCUAGGUUGGAGGGGAGGAGACAAAUUACAAGAGUUAAUUAAAAAAGAGGCGUUUUGGAUUUUUAAUCUGAAAACUUUACAUCAAGGACUCAAUCAGGAAAUUGAUUUACAAGGUUUAAUUUGAAUUAGACUAACUUAAUCCAUAUGCAUUUAAGCAGAGAAAUAUGAAUUUCCUCUCAUUUCAUAAUAUUUGGGGUUUGCAAUAUUUUGUGUCUAGGUAAAUGUUUCUGGUCUAGUAAUUGUAAUCAAUUGUGUGUGUUUAUAUGUGUUGUGGCGAAACCGGCCUCGCCACGUGUCCUUGGAGGGGGCUGCUUGCCCGCCUCUUGCCUUUGGACUAUGGACCAGACCUUAUGUGAAUGUGUUAUAACCCAGAUAGGAAUCCCAUGGAGCCCAUUCGUAUGAAACUGACUGUAAAGACUUUGGUUCCAUGGCGAUUAAACUGUAUUUGUGUGGUCCGAGCGCCAUUCACUUAAUAAUGUGCGCUCAGACCUGAGCUAUCUGGGGAUAUGUGAAAUGUCUGUGUGUUAUGUGUAAAAUGUGACUUUAUGUAUUUUAAAGUGUUUUGUGUCUUUUGCAACCAUGUGCUUAAUGGAGUCUUGUGUCUGUCCUGGGAGAUAAUUGAAUUACUUAUCUCCAGGAUAGAAGACUCUGAAACUGGUUUGGGCCAGAAAGCCAUGCUUCAUUUAGUCACAAAGGACUUUUUACUAACUUUUGAACCCCUUGUCUGAUUUGUGCCAUUUUUGAAUAUGUUGUUCCCCUGAAUGGAUUGAUUGUGAAUAUGUAAUUUUAUGUGAAUGUGAUGUAUGGUUUUGGAGUUAUGAAAGUUGGGUAGAAAGUAUGUUUUAACUGUAUGUGUAAUUGAGUUUCCUCUCAGGAUAAGGGGAGGGAAUAUGUGGGAUGUAACUGUGAUGUGAUUGGUUGUUUUGUAACGCCCUGUGGGCUGUACUAUGUUUGUGGAUUGGGAAUAAAAGAGACUGUAUGUGACAGUACAGGGAGUUCCUGUUUUAACCCUCAAAGUGAAGUGUCGUCUCAUUAUUGGGGGAAGGAUUUAUUGUAUGCUGUUCCAGUUUGACUGCUAGGAGAGUAAACCUAUUCGUAUGGUUCCUAUUCAACUGUCUACAGCAUUCAAAUGCUUGAGAGGAUUCAUAUGCUUCUCCGGUUCGGUGGUUGUGGUGUCUGCUGCAGUGCUUGGAGUCCUCAGGAAGCGCUAGGAGCAUCCUUUAACGGAGGUACCCAGUCGGGGUGCCAGGUGAUCCGUUACAUGUGUUUAUAUGUGUAGUAUAUUAAGUAUAAUGCACUGGGCAAUAUAUAUAUAUUUAUUAUAUAUGUAUUUGCUUUUUUAUUCAAUUUUUUAUUCUUUGUCUAUUUUUUAUUUUUUGUUUCAUCCUGGUUCUUAGUCUCUUGGGUGGAUUAUCCGCCCGUUUUAUUCUACUUUUUUGUCCCCUGUAGGUUCCGGUAAUAACAUCUGCGCAUGUGCGUUUAUGACACACAUGCGCGUCUAUUAUGCGCACGCGCACAAACUACGCAUAUGCGUUCCACGUUGCCGGAAAUGACAGUACAACCGGAACAUAAGCACUAUAUCCUGUUUCAUGCGUGCCACGGAUGAAACGCACGCCACAGCCGGACGCCGGAUAGCCGGGUUUUUUGAAUUUAGGAUGAUUAUGGAUAUCGCCCUAUAUAUAUCUAGAAGGAUCACCACAUCUAAAUCCCUGAGGAAGUCCCCUUUCUGUUGGACGAAACGCGUUGGAUAGAUACUUUAAGUUUAUGCAUGCUGCUAUUAUAUUUUAUCCUUUUUUAUGUAAUUCUGUAUUAAGUUUUUAUUUUUAUUUUAUUUGUAUUCUGUCUGCUUCAUUGGAUCUUCUAUUGGACUCUCUUCUGCAUCGUUCUGGGAGUUCCAUGUUAUAUGGAGAUAUGCCUGCUAUUUUUCUUCACUUGUAAGUGAGACCAAUAAAUACUGUUUUGUAAUUUAAUUACAUGCUUCACUAUAUUUGGUUUUUUACUUUUCAUAUAUCCCACGGAGGAUCGUCCACUCAUAAGAUUGCUACCCUUGGGUGGGUGAGAAGCCUGAUUUCAUAUUUGUUUGUGAGUGCACUUAUUUCCACUAAAUAUCACUCACCUAUUUAAUACUGUAUUACGCUAUGUUAGUCUUUUAAUCUUUUGUACAGAUUCUGUUUAUGAAUCACGACCUAUAUUUCAGGUUAUUUGUAUUUUUUCUUAUAUUAUCACGUAUUUGGGUGGUGUUUCCACUUUGUUUUUCAAACGUAGAUAACCUCUGACAAAAGCCGUGAUGGAAUUUCUCACGAUCACUAUUUUUAGUUUAAAUAUUUGCAGUUCAGAUUAUGAUUUGCUACAAUCCAGACUUUAGUGAUUAAUCCUGAGUUUUAUACAUUGAACAUGAUGUGGAAUUAGAACACCAUUUAUAAAUGCAAUGAAAGUAUGAGCCACACUCGUAGGACUUAUGUGUCUAACCUUGAACAUCAGCUCAUGUUGGGCAGCAACUUCCAGAUAUUUUUGCCAGCAGAUAAUGUCUGUUGUUCUGUUGAUCCUUCAUCUUUUUUUCCCACUUUUUUAACAGGCACAAUCAAUACUACAGGCAUCAAAUGAAAAGCUGGACCUCCUUAAAUAUUCCUUGGAGGAACGAGUGAAAGAACUUCCUGAUGGCCACCCUAGGAAGAGUAUAACCACCGAGGAACUGUCCCUUGGUUCAGUCAAAUCCAAGUCCAUAGCACUAACGGGUAAGUUAUUUUUGUCUCUGAAAGAUCUGUGAAUAAACUAAACAAGUAUAUCUAACAUUGAAAUAUCCGAGCAUGUUUCCAUCUGUGUGAAGUCUGACUGGAGGAAACUCACAGUUAGUGUACCGAUAUUCCAGCAGAAUUUAUUCUAUGUGACGUGGAUGCAAGUUUAAAUGUGACCGGUGACAUUUUAAAUGAUAACAAUAUGUAACUCUUAGCAUUAUUCUUCCAAAUGUACUGAGCUAGCUUUCUGCAUAACUUUUAAAUGAGUGAAUUAUUAGCAUAAACUAAGUAAACAAGUUAAGCAUUACACUUUGAUGAAUACUUUACUAAUGGGCAAUUAGAUAAAUGACUUUACUUACUGUCUAAGACACAGUUUAUAAUAAUCUGAAUAUGUGCACUUGACAUGUUACUGAGAAUGUGCCCAUUCUUGGUAUUCUCAUGAAUUCAGUUUUACUUUUUUUUUUUUUUUUAUUAUCUUAGAGUCCCACUAAGUGUAAAGGUUAAUCCAGACAUGGACUCCUUGUUCACUUUGCAUAGAGGGGUUCCAACUUGUGUAGCGUGGACUUAUUGCAUUCUGGUUCUGAAUUACUCCUGUGAGUGUUUAGAAAUAUCUUAUAAUGCAAAUAGUAUAGCUUUCCUCUCUAAUGGCACCAGUGAGAUGAACCUUGUCUGUGUACCAAGCAGGGACUAACUGACGCUACUGAGUUUUUAUCUGUUUGUAAGUUCAGUUUUGGUUGAUUUAUAUUCUGAUAAAGAUGUAAAAGCUGCCUAAUCAUUUCAUAUUCUGUGUGUGCUACUUAGACCAAACACAAAGUUUUCUUUAACAUAAAUGUGAAAGUAAUAAAUAUUGAAAAAUGGCCAGAACAUCAAUGUCCUAGUGUCUAUAGGAACAGAGUAGGGGGUAACCCUCAAUAAUUGCAGAACAGAGGAGAAAAGAAAAAGGAAUCUGUUCCUAAUGCCGAUAUCGGAUAUACACAAACGGUUAAAAAUCUAGAAGAUACUUUAUUAAUAAAUGGAAAACAUAAAUCUGAAAAGACCCCAGCAAUGGCUGCCUGACUCAACAAAAGUCAGUUACGGCAGCCAAGACAAAGAGCAUACAUAGAAAUAAAAAAGAUAAGUAAAAAGAAAAAUGAAAAUAGAUCGAUAAGGUAAUAGAAAGAGUUUUAACAAUGGAUAAAUGAUAGUAUCUAUAGAUCAGAAAAUUGAUACAAUGCGUGGGAGCCCCCUAAGUAAAGCUGACAAUUCAUUCAGUGUAAUGAUUCUUACAUAUCAGAGAUAAAAUAUAAUACAAAAUAUCGAUGCAAUACAAGGGAAUCUGUUACCAUCAGUAUGAACUGAAACUAAGUAUAUUGAUCUCUGUGUGUCAACUAAAAGAUACAAUACAGGGGAACCCACUGGAAGGAGUUAAAUACUCCCGUUUGGUAUAAUAGUCACUAUGUAUAUAAAGACAAAAGAAUCACUGUACAGAAUCAAUGCCGUUAAGGUACAGGAGAUUCUCCCACUAUAAACUCUCUCUAAAAAUAAAAGUAGUGAAUGCAGUAAUAGUAUUUCCAAAAGUUCUAAUAUAAGAACAAAAUCGAAUCUAAUUACAUAUACAUAUAAAUCACAUCAGCAUAUCAAAUUGGUGUUACGAGAGUAAUGAGUAAAUAGAGUUAAUCAAAAAGGUGAAAAGGCAACAGUAUCUAGAAUAUGCCCAGUAACCUUAAUGAAAUAACUAAUUAUCCAUGAUGAAUUAUACACCAAAUGAAGAAAGAUCGGAAUGGUGACUUCGAGGGCACCAAGUAUAGGAUAGAUGGUAAAGAAACAAGAGUGCUGAUGCUGGUAAAUAACCAAAUAGACAGUAGAGAAAUACUGCAUUAAUAGCUAAUGAUAUCCUGAUCGAUCUAAUCAGUAUACACGGCUAGUAUCCCAAACUAUCAUAGCCCCUCGGGAUCCCAAGUAAUAAAUAAAUCCAAAGAUGUAUGUCCGUGCUCAUAGGAAGGAAGAGGGUUGCUGGGGACACACAAAAUAUCUAGCCUGAUAAUCGCAAUAAUGUCUAAUCUACGUGCCUCAACGCGCGUUUUGCCUAACUUACAGGCUCAUCAGGGGGAUGUAUUGUAUCUUUUAGUUGACACACAGAGAUCAAUAUACUUAGUUUCAGUUCAUACUGAUGGUAACAGAUUCCCUUGUAUUGCAUCGACAUUUUGUAUUAUAUUUUAUCUCUGAUAUGUAAGAAUCAUUACACUGAAUGAAUUGUCAGCUUUACUUAGGGGGCUCCCACGCAUUGUAUCAAUUGUCUGAUCUAUAGAUACUAUCAUUUAUCCAUUGUUAAAACUCUUUCUAUUACCUUAUCGAUCUAUUUUCAUUUUUCUUUUUACUUAUCUUUUUUAUUUCUAUGUAUGCUCUUUGUCUUGGCUGCCGUAAUUGACUUUUGUUGAGUCAGGCAGCCAUUGCUGGGGUCUUUUCAGAUUUAUGUUUUCCAUUUAUUAAUAAAGUAUCUUCUAGAUUUUUAACCGUUUGUGUAUAUCCGAUAUCGGCAUUAGGAACAGAUUCCUUUUUCUUUUCUCCUUUGUUCAUAAAUGUGAAAGUGUAAUAGCCAUUGUUACAAUAUUUAUUCUGAUUGUUUGACAGGUACUCUGAAAGUGCGAGUAAAGGGCUGUCACGGUAUUCUGGAGAAUAUACCUGGCAGACUAAAGGACCCGUCCGAUGUUCUCCCUGGCAGGAGUCCGCGUCGAGGAAGAUUCUUAUUAAUGAACCGAAUCAGAAGAAACAACCGUGGCAGCAAUCAGAAAAUCCAAGAGAAUUUUGACUUUUCUAGUACAGUGAUUUUGAUCUUAUUAAUCCCGUUAUGUGUACAGUGACGCUCAAUAUCUGGGAUAUCGAACCUUUCCCUGCAACAAUUGUUAAACUACAUAUCCCAUUAUUUACUGACAGUAUUUAUAAUCAUAGUCCAGUAACAUUUGACUGGUCAUGGUUAGACAAUGUCUGUAUAGGAAACUUGGAUCCUUUAACUCUGUAAUGUUCCUGUUUGGGGAGAAUGCAGGCGAAAUACAAAUAUUAUCUAAUAGGAUUCUCCGUCAUUCACAAAGACCCUGCCAAUCAAUCACAAUACUGAAAGUGUUGUCAAGGAGAUCAGUUUUACAAAACAUAUUUCCAGAUAUCACUCCACAAUUGCCUUUUUCCACCAAAUUAUUUUACAUAUAUGAAAUGACUCUAAACUAAGUGAAGGAAACCUUUACCAAAGAUUCUUCAAGCUGGGAAUCCUAUCUGUCAACUUUAUAUCCUCCUCUAAACAAGUUACAAGUUGCCUUUGAAACGUCCUCCUGGUCCAUGGGGAGAAUACUGGCUCACAAUACCCCUUACAUUAUAGUUUUAUCUAAUCAAUAGACGAGAUCUUUACUACUUUACCCGUUGAUGAUUUCAUUGUUUCUUUGGGAUUGCGGCUUUACCAUUCUGAGACUUGAACACAGCUCGCAGCCUGACUUUCAGUUUUAUCCUCUGGACUUUCCUGAUUAUUUGUUAAUGCUGAUAACAUUUCUGACUCUUUGUUAAUGCAAUGUUUUGGGUUUGUCUUCUCAUCCAUUUAAAUGCCUUUAAAAUGUUAUUAUUAUUACAUGUAUCUAACAAUGACAUUUUGAUAUAUAACAGUACAUUAUUAUGUAUUCCUGUAGAUUCAAAAUAAAUGCUAAUAGUAUUAAACAAAUACAAAAUUACACAAAACGUUACUGUAUAGUAGAUAACAUGGAACAGUGUGACAAAAAAUAAAUAAAUAAGAUAGGCCUACCUCUCACAUCACCAUGAAAAGCCUUGACAUAAUGUCAUACCCAGGGGUGCAUAACACAGGAGGGUCUAUGUUGCAAACCUCCUAGGAAACUAUAGCACUACAAUAUAUGUGGAGUAUAAACUGCAAGAAAGUCCCCUUAAUCCAGUGUGCCAAAACAAGGCUGCAGGAUGGUACCUCCUUAAUCUAGUGUGCCAAAACAAGGCUGCAGGAUGGUACAUUCUUAAUCCAGUGUGCCAAAACAAGGCUGCAGCAUUGGACCACUUUAAUCCAGUGUGCCAAAACAAGGCUGCAGCAUGGUACCUCCUUAAUCUAGUGUGCCAAAACAAGGCUGCAGGAUGGUACCUCCUUAAUCCAGUGUGCCAAAACAAGGCUGCAGCAUUGGACCACCUUAAUCCAGUGUGCCAAAACAAGGCUGCAGGAUGGUACCUCCUUAAUCCAGUGUGCCAAAACAAGGCUGCAGCAUGGUACCUCCUUAAUUCAGUGUGCCAAAACAAGGCUGCAGGAUGGUACCUCCUUAAUCCAGUGUGCCAAAACAAGGCUGCAGGAUGGUACCUCCUUAAUCCAGUGUGCCAAAACAAGGCUGCAGGAUGGUACCUCCUUAAUCCAGUGUGCCAAAACAAGGCUGCAGGAUGGUACCUCCUUAAUCCAGUGUGCCAAAACAAGGCUGCAGUGGGAAACCUCCUGGUCCCACAUUGUUGACAUGCUGUAGGUCUCCAUGUGUUAGUGUAGUGAGACUAUACAGAAUCAGGGAAAUCCAUUAGAUAUCUCAGUCUUGAGUUUUACCAAAAAAUGGCGCUGCUCCAAAUUAAAAACCAAGUGGACAGUUUUAGUCAGCCAACAAUCUGUACGGGUGUUGCAAUGUAUAGCAAAGUAGUUUUAAAAAGAAAAAGAAGCUUUUUACUGCUACUUUGCCGUACCAUUAUACAUUGCAACACCUGUUCAGAUCGUUUGAUGGCCAUUGUUCCAUAACAAGACAUUUUUAACAUUAGUCUCUACAGCAGCUCUCAAACUAAAUUUUAAGUUGGUAGACAGGCCUUAUGCCCUACAAUGGCCUUAUUUAUCGUAAACUCCCUUACCUGGUUCUAAUGGGUUGGUUACACAAAUUAUUUAUUGAAGGCACCUCUGUAAAACAAUUCUUCCAAAUCUGUGGACAAUAUGUAUUUACACUAAACAUCGCUAUUCAAAUGAAAAUCAAAACCACAAUAUCGAUCUAUAUCGUGUUCAAAAGUUGUAGCAGAUCAACACCUAACUACUCUACCCACAUAUAAACUUGGACUCACUCAUCGUACAAACUCCAUUCUUUACAUUAUUUGUCAAACAAAAAAGACCGACAGCAGGAACAUCAUUUUCAACAUGUUUUUAGUGAAUUGGUUCUAGUGUUAUUUUACAUAUAUCUCUUUGCCUAUUUUCAGACUGUAUUACCUGGCUGACUAUAAAUUUGUCUAGUUUUUUGUUAAUUUUUGCUUUUUACAGAAUACAGGAGAUUAGACUCCUUUGAUGAAAGUAAACUCCUAGAGCUUUGUGUAAAGCUAAUAGAUGAACCUUUAUUAUUAUUAUUAUUAUUUUAUUAUUUAUAUAGCGCCAACAAAUUCCGUAGCGCUGUACAAUGGGUGGACUAACAGACACAUAAUUGAGAUCAGACCACUGACGUACAGGAACAGAGGGGGUUGAGGGCCCUGCUCGAUGAGCUUACAUGCUAGAGGGAGUGGGGUAUAGUGACACAAAGGGUUAAAGUAGGGGAAUUAAAUAGUUUGUUACAGAAGGGUUUAUUGAGUGCUUGGUAGGUCAUUUUUGACAGGUGAAGGAACGGAGUCAUGGGGUGGGGGAUGAGAAACCUGCUGACAGUUUAAUUGAUACGCUUUAAUAAAGAAGUGAGUUUUCAAAGAUUUUUUGAAGGAAUGGAGGCUGGGUGAAAGUCUGAUUGAGGAGGGAAGGGAGUUCCACAGAAUAGGUGCAGCCCUGGAGAAGUCUUGAAGGCGAGCAUCAGAGGUGGGGAUCCGGGCAGAGGAUAGGAGUAGGUCUUGGGCUGAGCGCAGGGGUCUCGUCGGGACAUACUUGUGUAUGAGGGAAGAUAGGUAUGUUGGAGCAGCAUUAUGUAGGGAUUUGUAAGCAAGCGCCAGAAUUUUGAAUUGGGCCCUAUAUCUAACUGGAAGCCAAUGCAGGGACUGACAGAGCGUGGAGGCGUGGGAGGUGCGACCGGACAGGAAAAUAAGCCUCGCAGCCGUAUUCAUUAUAGAUUGCAGCGGUGCAAGCUGGGAACAUGUAAGACCGGUGAGAAGGGGAUUGCAAUAGUCAAGGCGAGAGAGAACAACAGCAUGAACCAGUACCUUAGCCGCGUCCGGCGUUAGAUAUGGGCGGAUGCGCGCUAUGUUCUUGAGUUGGAAGCGACAGGAUUUGGCUAUCGAUUGAACAUGGGGAGUAAAAGAGAGAUCAGAAUCAAAAAGAACUCCUAGGCAGCGAGCCUGGGAGGUAGAGGUGAUAGUAGCGCCGUUGACUUGGAUGGCGACAGACACAGGAGUAGCAGCACUUGAGGGAGGAAAAACUAGAAGUUCUGUUUUGGACAGGUUGAGUUUAAGGAAGUGAGCAGCCAUCCAGUUGGAAAUAACAGAGAGGCAGUUAGAAACACGAGUCAAGGUGGGCGGAGAGAGAUCAGGGGAGGACAGGUAGAUUUGCGUGUCAUCUGCAUAUAAAUGGUAUAUCGUCUGUGUAUUGACCAAAGCCACGUAGAAAUGUUCUUUAAAUUAAAAUACUCUCAGCCUUUUAAGUUGAGUUCCUGAAAUUUCCUUACAGGUGAAGUCCGUACUCAGCUGAAGAUCGAUCAUAUUCCAGUGGGUUCAACAAGUUGGAAAACUGUUUCUAACCCAUCCUGGAAUAAGACAUUUAAACUGGAUUUAGAUAAGGUACAUACGGCAUGCGUGUAUUAUUUUUUUUAUUUUGUUUUAGUUUUAAUCCAUUUGUGGCCCCAGGUAGAAUUAAUCAUUUAUAAAUCUUCAAACCCUGUAAAUAGUUGUCUAACUCUUAUUUCUAAACCUUUUAGGACCUUAAUGUGUCAGACAGUUAAAAUUUAGUUAUUUAACAUUGGGUUAGUUUAUCUUUCUCUAGAUAUUGUUAUAGGAUUUUUUAAACAAUCUGUGAUAUAGUGCAUAUUUUAGAAAAUAUUUGCCACCACAUAGUUUAAUUACUUAUUUCCCCCAAUACACAAGCUUGCCAUGUGGAUAGAAAAUGUAUAGGUGCAAACUGAUUUUAUGUUUACAUACUCACCACGUCUGGGUCUGCUUAAAGGACCACUAUAGUGCCAGGAAAACAUACUCGUUUUCCUGGCACUAUAGUGCCCUGAGGGUGCCCCCACCCUCAGGGACCCCCUCCCGCCCGGCUCUGGAAGGGGGAAAGGGGAAAGGGUUAAAAACGUACCUUUUUCCAGCGCUGGACGGAGAGCUCUCCUCCUCCGAUCCUCCUUCUCUCCUCCCCGUCGGCUGAAUGCGCACGCGCGGCAAGAGCUGCGCGCGCAUUCAGCCGGUCACAUAGGAAAGCAUUCAUAAUGCUUUCCUAUGGACGCUGGCGUGCUCUCACUGUGAAAAUCACAGUGAGAAGCACGCAAGCGCCUCUAGUGGCUGUCAAUGAGACAGCCACUAGAGGAUUAGAGGGAAGGCUUAACCCAUUCAUAAACAUAGCAGUUUCUCUGAAACUGCUAUGUUUAUAAAAACAUGGGUUAACCCUAGAAGGACCUGGCACCCAGACCACUUCAUUAAGCUGAAGUGGUCUGGGUGCCUAGAGUGGUCCUUUAAUGCUCUGUACACCUGACCUGGUAUGAACUGCGAUUAAUCUCUCAAAGUGAGCAAGUCCUGCUCAAGCCCACACAUGGAAGACUAGUAGCAUGGCUAGUAAUAGGGCAAAGAAUAUAACACUUUAAACAAAUUUAUAUCUUUUCAUUUACUAACCUCUAUAUACUGAUGAAAAACAAUUUUGUUCUUUUAAUGUGAAAAUUAUAAAAUGUGGUUUAAAUGUGUGGAAAUUGUUCCUUACGAAAACAUGAUUGGUCCAAAACUUUUUUGUUUAAAUAACUAUUGCUCAUUUAAUUUUUACAUAGUCUCGGGAGCUAGAAAUAUCCUUAUAUUGGCAUGAUCAGCGAUCACUGUGUGCCACAAAGACUCUGAAGUUGGAAGAAUUCCUGUUGAACCCGAAACAGAAACUGUGCCUACAACUGGAACCACAGGGCACCCUUUUCAUCAAGGUGAGAACCAAUCUCUGGCCACUAUCAAUUUAUAGUUAUAUUUUAAUGUAAUAAUACAGAAAACAAAAGAAUGAUUACAUUACACAACUUUACAAUUGAAAGCUGGUGAAUGUUCACACUUGGUGAAUAAGUGUAUAAAUAUAAAUCAAACUGUACUGAAGUGUAAACUGAAAUGCACAACUUAGGUAACAAUAGGCGAUUUGAAAGCAUUCCUUAAGUCAGCAAUAGUAGUACCUUGGAUUUUUAGCCUUAAAGGACACUAUAUUAUGUUUUAAACUAUUUAUCUAAAUGAAGGGCUUUGCUUAUUGCGAUUACCUGUAGAAGAACAGAUUUGAAGCGGUUUACUUUUCCAUUUGUGUGUCUGUUUAUAUGUUGGUUUGGCAAAAUAAGAUAUUACCAUUUACUUCCUGCAGUUAACUCUUUCUCCUUGUUUUGGAAUAGGUGACGUUUUCCAGUCCUUUCAUCCAGAAAAGGCCAAAGCUUCAAACAAUUAGGAAAUUAAUCUCCACAAAACAAGGUAAGUGUAUGUUUAACAUGCCUCGCAUUAAAUAGCAAACUGCCCAUGGGCCUUUAAAGGCAUCUAUCAGGCAGAAAUGAUUAUUAUUUGGUUAAUGACAAGCGAUGAAGCCUUGUACCCCAGUACUAGCCCCCAGUGUGAUAGAAAACGUCAAGCUUGUCAAGCAGUGUGAAUGCACUCAGUAACCAGUGUGGGAUUUCACGUUCCAUUAUCUUACAGGUAGAGAGAAUGAUACAUAUACAUCCAUUCUAACAACCAUACUGCAGGAGGUACAUCUUAUAACAUAUACAGUAUACACAGAUUAAAUUACUUAUACCUACCUGAAGCUCAUCAUUUUCCCUGGAUGCCAGUCCCAUUAAACACUAAAGGCAUUGGCAUUAUUGGCUACUGUAAUAUUAUAAGCCAUAACUCACAAUUAAUACAUUCAAAUAAAGUUCUAGGCUUGGAGAUUGUGUUCCUUGUUUUUUUGUUUUGCUUUUACGUUAGAGUUUUUGGAUUAUGAUGAAAGCAAUUCAUCCAUUAUUGAUCUCUGUGUAUCAUAUACAAUACUAAAGUUAUGUUCUGUGCUACUUUUAUAGAAGAGACCACCGAACCAGCUCCACUGGAGAAUGCAGCUAUUGAUGCUCACUCGCUGUCUGUAUCGGACACUGAGAGCGUGGAGUCAUCGGCGCCGACUUUAGAUCCUGAAACAGAAAAGACCAUCCAACCAGCUCCAGAAGAGGAUGUGGUUACCGACUCUCCUAUAUUGCUAGUAGCCACUGAGAGCAUGCACCCAUUAACACCCGAUGCUUGUACCAUUACAGAAGAGACCUUCCAACAACCUCUAGUGGAAGCUACAAAAAUUGACAAUGUACCAGUAGUGGACCCAGAGAUUGUGGAGUCAUCACCGCCAGCUAUCAACGCCAUCGCUGCAGAAAUCAUCCAACCACUUCCAGAGGAAGCUAGAAUUAUUGACAAUGCUCCACUGCCAGUAGAGGACUCUGCGAGCAUGGAACCAUCACCACAAGCUAUUGUAAGCUUGCUAGAAAUGACAAUCCAACCAGCUGUAGAAGAGGAUUUAGUUACUGACACUACACCAUUGCCAGUAAAGGACACGGACAGCGUGGAGCCAUGUAUGCCAGCUGUCAAUGAAAUUACAGAAAAGACAAUCCAACCACCUCCAGAGGAGGAUGCAGCUAUUAAUGCUCAUUCACUACCAGUAGAGGACUCUGAGAGCGUGGAGCCAUUGCGGCCAGCUGUCAAAGAUAUGGAAAAGAUAAUCCAACCAGCUCCAGAGGAGGCUGUAGUUAUUGACACGCCUCAAGUGCCAGCAGUGGACAAUGAGAAAGUGGAAUCAUCACCACCAGCUGCUGCUACUGAUAUGGAAAACAACAUCCAAACACCAAAUGAGAAAGAUGCAGUUAUUGAUGUUGAUAACAUUGUAGAAGAAACCAUUGAACCACCAAAGGGUUUAGUUUGUGACACUGUUCCAUUGGCAGAAGCAGAUGUCGAAAAGCCAUCAUCAUCAGCUGGGUAUUGAGAUAUUCAUCUUUCUCAUCAAUGCUGUUAACGUAUACUAUGUGUUAUAGGAGCAUUUUGUUUUGGGUCUUUGUUUUUUCAUGAGGGAGGGGACUGUAUGUAAUUUUAAAUAUAUUUAAAAUUGUGUUCUUUUCUUUGCAGUAUUCAGCAAGGAGCUCGGCUGAGCAUUCAGGAUUUUGAUUGUCUCUGUGUGCUGGGAAGAGGAGCAUUUGGAAAGGUGGGCUUUGGGGUAAAUUCCACUUUCAAUAUAAAAGGCGUCUAGAUAAAUGCUAGGUCACAAUAUAUAUAUGUAUUUUACAUUUCAGGUUCUACUUGUUGAGGACAAGCGUACAAAUAUCAAAUUUGCUUUAAAAGCCCAGAAAAAACAAGACAUAACUGGAACUAUAAGAGUACCAAGGUCGGUAAAUGGAGAGUACUGAUUUUUUUUAUUAGUUUUUUUGGAUGGUGAUACUAUUUGUCAGUUUUUAUUUGUGCCAAAGAGUUAUCUUUAUUAAAGUGAUUAAUUGGGGGCAAGGCCUGAGCCUCAUGGCAGCUGGUUGCCAUUUAAAAGAAAAAAAAACUAGCAUAACAAGAGGACAUAGUCUUAAAUUAGAGGGACAAAGGUUUAAAAAUAAUAUCAGAAAGUAUUAUUUUACUGAGAGGGUAGUGGAUGCAUGGAAUAGCCUUCCAGCUGAGGUGGUAGAGGUUAACACAGUGAAGGAGUUUAAGCGUACAUGGGAUAGGCACUAAUGAAAGUAUUUAGAAAAUUGGGCAGACUAGAUGGGCCGAAUGGUUCUUGUCUGCCUUCACAUUCUAUGUUUUUAUUUGCAUCUUGACAGUGUGUAGCGGAUGGCACUGGGCUGUCCUGCAAAUGUCUUGUGAAUAGCUGCAUUCGUGUAAAUUGCUGGGUUUUUGUAUGUGUAUAAAAGAAUUGUAUUCCUCUGAUUGUUCGGUAGAAUCAUUCGAAUAGACUAAGGGAAUGAAACUACCGAACAAUCAGACCUCCUCUAUGUGAAGUGUGUCCUCAAUUACCCGUUGCAACAUUGUUGCAAACGGGUAAUUGACAAGUUAGGUAGCCGUCCUUUGUUCUCGGGGGUGGCCGCCAUUCGACAAACGAACACGUGGCGGCGGCCAUUUUAAAACUCCCGAACAGCGGUGUUUUGCCGUCGAGUGUCUGGAACUCAAAUCGGACACUCGACUAGGCGAACACCGCUGAAACCUCCACAAGCCCGGUCCGUUCGGUUCCUAACUACCGAACGGCCCCUCGUUCGGUAGACAGGAAGAACCGAACGAGGGGAUUCAGGCGAACCCUCCCUAGCCUCUAUAGCUAGAGGCUUUCGUACAGUUUGUUCCCUUAUUCCAGGACCGACCGCAGGGCCCAUUCGCAUAGAACCGCAUUCGGCUGUCUCAGUCAGUGCGGUCGGUCAUUUUAUUCCCUCCAUACAUUUCCCGAACCCCUGGUCUGAUCUGAGUGAUUUUUGGAUAUGUUGUUCACCCAGAUCAGGGCUAUCAGGGGAUGUAGGAUUUAAAGGGGUACCCCUAUGUUUAGGGGUACAUCCAGAAACGGGGGAAUUGCUAGACUGGAUAAGGGGAUUAUGAUGCAGGCUGAGGGGAGGAGAUGUGUGGGAGGUUACCAGGACAGGAUUGGCUACUGUACUAAUGAUUGUAAAUCCCUCCCUUGCAUGGGAGCAUGCUUUAAAAGGACAGUGUGGAUUAAAAGAUUGCAGUUCUGCUCCUGAAACUGUGUGUCGUCCAGUUAUUGGGAUUGCUGUUGGGAUAUUGCUGUUAUUUUACAUGCUGGAAACCUUGCCUGUGGAUUUACUAUUUACUUGUUCCUGAGCCUCACUUGGAUUAUAAGCGGAGAUAACCUGUGCAAUAUUGCAUCUCCGCUACACAGUGCUCCUCACAUAGCUCCUAGUUUAAUAGAGAAAAAGGGGUAGGGUCGCACUCAGCUACAGCAAUUCAGCCCAGGGUGCUACUGAGCAUGGGUCAGCAAAAAAACCCAAGUAAUAUAUACAAACAGAAAAAUAUCAGGCACUCACUGCGAAUUGUUUGCAGGCAGAUUUAUUGCAACAUUUUGACCUGUUAAGGUCUUUAUCAAGCUUAACAGGUUGAAACGUUGCAAUAAAUCUGCCUGCAAACAAUUCGCAGUGAGUGCCUGAGAUUUUUCUAUUUGUAUAGCUCCUAGUUUAAGCUUAUUCUUGAGGCAAAUUGCAUUCUCAAUCAACACAUUCAGUGCCCUACCAGUUGCUAACCCUGAAUGGAACAGUCCGGUUUCUAGAGGUGCCAAUGUCUCUAGGGCGGAGCCGACCAGGCUUAGUGAAGGCACUGGGCAGGAGAGGCAGCCAAUCUUCUGUCCUGUGAAGCACAACUCUCUUGCUGAGACCUACAGUGUCCCCCUUGGGCCGGGGGGGAGGGGGUGGUCUCCACUGCGCUACCUGUCACCAGUCUGGAAUCGUACAGCAGUGUGAGAGAUGGUGGCAGGACCCCUGUGGGCAUUACUUAACUGAAAGCAACUGCUCCUCGUUUCCACGAUCCCCCUGUGCUGAAGGUCACUAAGGGCUUCCUCACCUUGCAUGAACCACACCAGCAAUCAGCGACAAACCAUACCACUCCUCAACUGUACCUUAGAUGGGAAGAACUUCGACUUUGUCAGUUCUCAAGUCUGUGGAUCAGGGAUGCAGGCCUACACAAAGGCCUGGGGCUAUGGAGGUGUCUUGCCUCACCGUUCAAUUACAGCUAUUCUUCAUAUUUAGAGACUGAGAAUUGGCUAAACAUGUGACUCACUACAGCAUAUAGCCAUAACACCUCCUGUAUGAGCUUUGCUGGGUUUCCUGAAGGACUCCAACUUCCAUUCUGCGUUCAGCUUUUCAGUCAAAAAGGGUUAUCAUUGACUUUACCUUAGUCUUACAUUUUUUUUCUUUUAUCUUUUAUUUCGUAUCAUUUAUGUUGCGUAGAUGAGAGACUCUGGUAGAGCUUUUAGAUGCAGUGGUACUCCUCAGGGUAAUGGCUUAGCAUGUGAUUUAGCAUUCUUACCCCAUGUUACUUCAUCAGUUGUCACCGUGUCUGGAAAAGCUACUCGUUAGCAAACCUCUAUCUUAAUAUAUACCCAGACAUGACUCUCCAGCUUAUCAUUACUAUAUUCUAAAAAUGUACAUUUACUCUACAUGCCAUGCUGACGCUUUAUACAAUUUCUUAUUACUAGGCUUGUAAAUGUUGUCGUGGCACUACAAGUAUGAAUGUUAUUAUUUGCACAGCAAAAAAAAAAAAGAAUUAAAAUAAAAGGUGAUUAAUUGAAUUAUUCCUUUUUUAUUUCCAAGACUUAUAUGUGAAAAGGAAAUCCUACAGACUGUGAGCGAAGUACAACAUCCAUUCCUUGUUAACAUGUUGGCAAGUUUCCAGACUCAGGGUCAUUUCUGUUUUUUAAUGGAGUAUGCCGCUGGUGGGGACUUAAUGACCCAUAUUAGGAACAACAACUUUCAGCCAUUUUCUACAACUAGAGCUGUGUAAGUAACAAUAGUUUUGAGAUUAUGGAAACGGAUUGUCGGGGUUUGGUCGGUAAAGGGUGCUGACUGCAGCAGCAAUCACCGUAAGUAGGAAAUUAAUACCUAUAUAAAUACAAAACAAUAAGGGAAAGAUAACAAGUAUGUUAGCUACACGAAAACAAGUGGAUUACAAAUGCAAAACAAGAGAAAAGAGAAAUUUAAUAUGAGGAUACUGGAGGCCUCUGGGUCUCUGACCUUCUGGACACAGGAUCUCCAGGAGCAGGACACAGGGAGCAACUCCAGAACAAAUCCAAUGAACUGACACAGAAAGGGCAUAGGGAUAGAGGCAGCUGCAGACUUGAAUAUAAGUAUGAUUUUACUAUAUUUAGGGAGACAUGGGUGGCUAGAUGGUGGUUUUAGCACAAUAGGGUCAGGAAUACAGGUUUUUGUUCCUGACCCUAUAGUGUUCCUUUAAGGUGGACUAGAAAUUUGAAAAAAAUCCUAAACAGAUUAAGCGGACUGUUAAUACCGAAGAUACAAGACGUUGCAGGAAAUAUGUCUGAGCAUAGAUUGACACAGGAUGGUGGAAUCAAACUAUUCAAUGGUACAAAAACUUAAUUUCCUUCCCUAAAAUAAAACUAACUUAUUCUCUUUUCUACAGGUUUUAUGCGGCAUGUUGUGUGCUCGGCCUGGAAUUCUUGCAUCAAAACGAUAUUGUUCACAGGUAAGUGUACAGGAAAAAAUAAAGUUGAACAUACAUACAUAGUGUCCCCAUAAAUAUUAUCUGUGUUAUUUAUUAUCGAAAUGCUGUGUCUGUGGUUUGAUUGAUUAUUUAUGUUAUCAUAGUAACUAUUUUUGUCUUAUAUUAGUUAAUUCUUUAAAUCUAAUUUUUAAAAAGGCUAAAAAAAGAAAACCAUGUAAUUCAAGUGCCUCUAGUGAAAUUGAAAAAAUAAAAAAAGAUUUUUCUGCAUUUUAAAUCCAGAGAUCUCAAACUGGCAAACAUUGUCAUAGACAUAGAUGGAUUCGCCAAAAUUACAGACUUCGGUCUUAGUAAACAAGGUACAAAUUAUUUUAUAUUAAACAAAAGUAAUUUCUCACAAAGUUGCACAAUUUAACUUUACCUACAGAUAACAAAUAACAUCCACCUGCAAACCGAAUAAAAGAAUAUAUGAAACACAAAACAGUUAUUCACUAAAGUCUGAUUGGCUUUGUACUGAAUGGGGCAAAACCAUCUGACUGCAUACAGAGCCAUUCAGACUCCAAAUGGCCAAAAUUUUCAAACUUCUUUCCCACAGGCAGUUAUAGAAACCAGCAGGCAAAUAGUUAAAGCCUUGGCAACUGCAAGGGUUAAUUAUGUUGCACUUGGCCAAAAUAUAUAAAUAAAAUCCCUGUGGGGACCAGUAAGAUCGCCAUAUGACUAUAAGGAAAUUUAAAACCUCCCUCUUCCCUUAACUGCCAUAGGGACCGGUUAAAACUAGCGACUGGGCAACCAAUGUCAAUAGUAAAUAAUUAGGAGCACAAAGUCCCCUGUGUCCCCACCUGUGGGCAUUUGGUGGGGGGCUAGAAAUCAAUAAUGCAGGUCGACAGUUGGUGGAAGGCUACUAAUUUUAUACUGGGGUAACCUAAUGUCCCCACCACAUUCUGGAUGGGGGCUCUAAAUAAUUAAACAAUGGGAGGUUAUCUUCAGCCCCAAAAAAGCCACAUUAAUAUCCAUCAUCCUGCAAUGUAACACUUAAAAAUCCCAAUUGCAAAAACCUGCCCAAAAAAUGAUAAACCUGACAACUUAAAUAAAUCUUUCUUUGUCCUGCGAGGGCUAGUGCAGUAUGAAGCUUUAAAGUGGGAAUUGCCUUUAUAAAGGCUUUCCCACACAUUGCAGUCUCAUUAGAGCACUCUGAUUGGCUGCUUGUCAGCCACAGAUUCGUAACCACCAUGUAAAACUUUAUACAAAAUUACAGAGAGAAUCUGCAGCUGCAAUGCACCAACUCCUUGCAGCAAUAUUCUAAUAUCACUUAUAACAUAUGCUGUAUAUCAGCAACAUCUAUCUGUAUAUUUACCGAUGUACAUUUAUCUUUUCUCUUUUUCUGAGGGAUGGGAUAUGGAGAUGAAGACAGAACGUAUUGUGGCACACUGCAUUACAUGGCACCGGAAAUGGUUUGCGGUAAACCAUAUACAACAUCUAUUGACUGGUGGAGUCUCGGUGCAGUUAUUUAUAUAAUGCUGUGUGGAAAGGUAAGAAUAGCUUAUUUUUACCAAUUUGUAGGAUUCCUCGUUUGGAAACCAAAAUCCUUUGUGUGAUGUCAAACAGUCCAUUGAUAAUAGUGAUAGCAUUUCAAACUGUAGACUGGCUGGGGUUAAAAGGGAAACCUGACCACCAUAACCACUACAGCUCAUUAUACUUAAUAUACUUGUAUUUUAACCCGAUAGAAAAAACAACAGGUGUAUGGUACAAACAGGUGCUGUGCAGAUGUAACGAUAAGUGCUGCUAAUCUCCACAGCGAAAACAAUCCGUCAAUUUUACAAAUAUAUUCAGACAUAAAAACUAAACGAAGUGGACAACGCACUUGUGUGAUAUCAAUCUAUGAAAUAAACAUUUAGCACAAUACUGAGCACUGGUGGUGUGUAAGGGUAAAUAAAUAAGGAAUAUACCAUGUAUAUGAUAUCCCAAAUGUCUCUGUAAGAGGAAAUACUCCAAAUAGUGCGAUACAGUUUGAACACAAAAUAAAUAUAAAAAAUAAGGUUAUUGUUGCAUUACACUUAAUGAGCCUGUAUACAACUGGCUCAGGUAAUUCAACAUAUGUGGGAUGGAAAUACCCCUGGAGUCAACUGCCUUGCAGGUUCACCUGGUGUCUGGACGAUUGUUGGGUGACUUUCUCAGCAAACACUCUUGCUUCCCCCGCUCUCCCUGACAGGGCUUGUACGAACACUGGCUCCAGUGCUUUGUUGACCUUCCUCCCCUCUCUGUGUCCCAUUUCCUUAUUUAUUUAUCUGCACACACCACUAGAAUGUUAACUAUUGUGGUGAAUGUUUAUUUUAUAGAUUCAUAUCACACAAGUGUGCUGUCCACUUUGUUUAAGUUUAACCCUAUAAUACUUUGUUUCUUUAUAAUAUAUUUAUUGGUUCUGCUUUGGCAGACCAUUUACAUUAGAGACAUUACCCAGCGUAGAUCCCAUGCCCACCCUGCACUUUUUCUAACUGUAGUUUUUCUAUUAGUAUCCCUUCCCAGGUGAUACAAGACAGGUGAGGUAUAAUAUUGUCCAUUCAACGCCGCACUAUCCGAGGUUCCUGACUGCAGAAGCGCGAUCAAUAUUAAGAAGUGUAAGUUGCCAACACAUAGUGCUUUCUAAUUUAGAUAGAUUGAGUAAGCUCAUUCUUAGACCCUCCAGGAUUAAAGUUCCUGCUUCUAAGCAGUACUACUCUUAAGGCUUAUCAUGCUAUAACGAUUCCAUUGUGUGUGAAUGUGGGCUCGGGCAAUUUGAUUUGUAAGGGUCUGGAAACACAGCUGGUCCUGUGUGUUAGAUUGUAACAAGCGGUCACAAACACAUGGAUCUAGUUACAGAAUAAAACAAGUUAAAAUUCCAUGUCGUGAAUGAAAUAAGCAUGACUAAUGCCAUUGAUCAGGGCAGAGCUAUGUCCGGGCACCAGAACACGAUGCCAUGGUGAUAUGGUGCCUUCUUUUUAUUGAGUUCUGUACUAACGUAUACAGCCUGAGCUCAUAAAGGCAGGUUUUACAGAACCUGCAAGAAAAUGCCUUUAAUUCUCAGGGUUUUUUUUCAGUUAAAAUAACAAUUUUCAAUAUUUUCUUAUACAGCUUUUGAAUAAAGAUCCCGAAGACCGUCUAGGAGCCAGCGAGAAUGGUGCCUGGGAUCUGAAGAGCCAUCCUUUCUUUGAAGUAUGUCAAAUAGAAAGACACAUUCUAGCAGCUAAAUAAAUAUUAGCUUUUAGUUAAGAUUUUUAACCAAAUACACAAUAUUCCUGGAGUUCAUGUAUUUUAUAUGCAAGCAUUCAGGGAUCAUAGGAAAAUUACACCCAACAUCUACUUGUCUCUAUAGCACAGCCACCACUAUUUUUAGAUCUAUUAUUCUAUAUUCUUAGUUUACUGAUUGUAUAAGAGUACACACUACUUAUCUUACUCAUCCUUUUCCCUUAAACUUUUUUAAUUUUUAACAGCAAAUAGACUGGUUCGCAUUAUUGUUCAAGAGUGUCAGGCCGCCAUGCAUACCAUCCAUCGAGGGACCAGACGACAUCCGCAACUUUAAUACAAUCUACACAUCAUGCGUCCCUAUUCUAACACCGCCAGACAAGUCUAAGUCACUAUCUGAUGUAGAGCUGGAGCUAUUUAAAGAUUUCGACUGGGUUUCCGAUAGGAUUUAA